ACGCCAUAUUGUUUUUUGUGGCCAGCAACAAGAUCUGGAGCAACCUUUUGCUCUUCUGUUAACUUAUUAUUUAAUUAACUUAAGUUUUAAUGUUGAUAAAGCUGGCAUGGUUUCACAUUUGUAAUUAUUGAAAUGGAACAUGUUAUAGUAAGUUUUUAAAAGUUUGCAUGACAUGUUUUAUUUUAAAGAGACAUUCGAAAAUUUGUAAUAUUAAUAAAACCUAAACUUAAGCUCAGUAAAUGAGUAAACUUAGAACUACCCCUGCCCUCUGACUCUGCUCAAUACUAUUACUAAUAGGAUUAUAUGUUACUGUGAAUCGAAUGAAUGCAUUUAAUUUUAUUGAUACUUAUUUUAGUAUUAGUUUAUUAUAAUUAUAUUUAUAGUCAUAGUAAUUAUAGGGCAUCUAGGCAAAAAUAUAAUUCAAUUUAUUACCUCUUACUCUUACUCUUUCACUAAGCUAGUAAGAUUCUCUUUCUUGCUUUCUUACUACUAUUAAGUAUUAUUAGUAUCAUUAGAUUAGACCUACUUUGAUACCAUAUAAUAUAUAUUGUAUAUUUAUACACUCAGACACUUGCUACAGUUUACAUUUACAGUAUUUAUAAUUAUAAUUAUUUAGCAUACAAAUUUUUUUAAAGUAGGUCCUUUACUUUAUACUUUAUUCUUUAUCUUUAAUUUAACAUAGAAACUGCCCCACAUAGGGCCAAGUAAAGGAAAAGAAACAGAUGAUCCGAUCAGAUUUCUUCCUGCCUUGCCCACAAAAAGAGCCAAACCGGCAUGGCACAUAAAUCCACCAACAUUUAUGCUGGCAAGUCAGAACUUUGAUGAAUCUCCUGAAGGUGUAGAUCUUUUCAGUGAGCUCACAGGUAAAGAUUUUUAUGAUUUCAAUAUUUAAUUUGAAAAAAACAUCAGAUUAUAACUUUUAAUUUUAAAAAAAAUGAUGCAUGUGAAAAAAGUUAGGGGUGUGGAGAGGUUACUUUUUUCAUUGGCCCCCAAACAUGUGACAGAUUCUAGAAAUGACAAAAGAAUGAAAUGUGUCAGAGGCCCUAAAAUGAUUAAAUUCCCCAACAAAAAAAAUAAAUAAUAAAUUAUGGGACAGCAUUAAAAUAAAUAAUGACAAAACAGGCAGGCAAAAAAUACAUUUUAAGAUUCACCUAUAGUGAAAAAACACAAUUAACUUAAUUUAUUGAAUUAUUUUAGUGUUUUUCAUUUUCUUAAUCAUGAUAAUGAGAACCAAAAAUAUAAAAAAAAUUAAGUUUAUUUUUUUCAGGUCUUGAGAUAUUAAAAGAAAUAAAUACAAAAUAUUAAAUUUAAAAUGCACACAAAGUUGCAUACUUUGAGAUAGUCUAUGCCUAGUGUAUGGUCUAUGAAACCUAUACAAUUCUUUCAAUGUUUUAACACUGAUUCUCAGGAGAGGAAAAAAGAAAUAGGAAACAUCCACUUCGUUUAAAGCCCUUGGACUCAAAUCAGAAAAAUGGAGAUAUUGAUACAUUUAAGCAACCAAAGAAAGAUAGAGAACACUUCCGUAAAGCUUUGGUGGAAAUUAUUAUGUGAGUUUUUGAUUGGCACAAACAAAUUUUAAAAAAUGAAAUACAUUGUGUCAUCGAUAAAUUAUAUUCUUUAGAUUUUCCCAUUGGUAUUUAUUAUUACGUUAGAGCUUGCCAAACUUGCACAAAAAUAUUCAAUUUGUUUUUAAUUCCAAAAAGGGAAGAGCAAGGGGCAUUACCAAAGACAACUGCUGAAUCUGCAGAGGAUGGGGAAAUUCCAGAAGUUUCUCGUGCAUUGUCCCCUACCACUGCUGAGAAAGAUAUCUUAGUAAGAAAAUAUCAGCUUUAGCUUUCACAAAUUUUUUAAAAAUUGUAGCAUUUUUUUUUUAAAGAUGGUAAUGGUAGCAUUAUUAAAAAUUUGUUGUCCAGGAAAUACCAGCCUUAUAUCUAUUGUGAGAAGCAAUAUUUUUCUGAUACAAUCAACCAUAACAAAUACAUACAACAUAAGUAUACCGUUAUGGGUGACAGAGAUGGAAAUAAUAAUUAUGGUAUUCAGUUGAUUUUUUUUUUUUUUACAUUUGCUUUACACAUUUUAAACCUUUUCUGUUUUUAGCGUUAUUAUUAUUACAUCAACCACGGCAUUGACACAGAACAUGUUGCACCAAUGGAGGAUGCCUGGUUGGAGCAUGUGCUAAAUCUAGUCUCAGAUGAUCUCAAGGUACUUAUUUCAUUUAAAGAAAAUAAAUGUUCUUUGGCAGCCUAGAAUGUGAUUCACAUUUUUAAAAUAUUCCAUUAAAUUUUAUAAAACAAUUAUUUAUUUUAUUUUAUUAUUCAGAAGGGACAUGAAGAAACAAUAGAAAAUUUAUCAGACGAAAUGAGAGAGGAUUAUCUUCUAAGUGUGAAAAAAGCUAUAGGUAGGAAUCUACUACAUUUGUAAUGAAAUUGUUCUUACUUAAGAUUGUCAAUUCACUAAGAGGAUUCCUAAUGUUUGUCAUGGUUUUUUAAAAGUUAAUGUCAAAAAUAUGGUUGUUAGUUUGUAACUUUUCUCCCUGAAACUGAAAUUUCCUUUGACUAAGCAGCUUAAAAAGGAUUUGAUUACUUCAAAACAGUUGACUUUGUACUGAAGGACCCUCGUCAACUAGAAGAUGAAAAUAAAGAAAAACUUCCACAACACAGAGAAGAGAUGGCUGUCUUACCUAAGCCCUGGCACAAAUCUUAUUUAGCGUCUCUAGAGUACCAGGCUGAACACCUGCACAACACUAAUCCUUGCAUGAUGAGAGUGUUGGACUUGUGGCAUCUAAGCUUUGGGUAAACUGAUUUGUGUUGAUUUAUAACUUGCUGUACAGGAUAAUUAAAGAAUAAAGAAGCUUGAAUUAAGAAUAAAACAAAACAAAAGAAAUGUCAGGACAAAAAAAUAUUUUGAGAAAACUUCUUAUAACAUUAAGAUAUUAUUAUUAUUAUUGUGAAUAGACAGAGUUCAGUUAGAUAGGAAGGGCAGGAAUCCUGGUUAGAUAGGAAGAUAAGGUCUUUCAUCCUUGUUUACUUUUAAUACUAUAAUUUUUUAUUUUUUUAAAAUUGAUUUUGCUUUUAGCAGAAUUUUAAAAAAAAAUUUUUAAUUUAUUAAUUCAAACAUACCUUAUGAUUUACAAAUCUUGUGCAAGUAUGCAUUGUGGUUAAAUUAUUCGGCCCAGCAAAUUAACAAGAUAUGUUAAGACUAGAAGAUUGAUGAUUGGAUCACCAGUUUAUGCUGACCCUAUGAUUAUUUUUGGAGAGCAUGACAAUAGAGUAAAUAUGGAAAUUUUUCUAUUUUAUCAUUGUGUCAGCUAUGCUUAUUGCCUUCUACUGAAACUGUGUAUAACUCACAGGGAAAAUUCAACAAGAAAUGUAUUAAAUAGGAUUAAUGAUAAUUUUUAAUAAAUAUAAUGGAAUUGCUCCUUUUUUACUAUGUUUGUUUACUAUUUUCAAGUUAUCAUCACCAGUUAACAUCUUUUGAUAUUGUGGAAUUAAUUUAUUGUACCUUAUUUUCAUAUCCCCAGUAAGCUACGCUUCAUUGACAUUGAAGAAUUCCACACAAAAGAAGAGUCCAUGGAAUUGUCAGCCUUUCAAAAUCUCUGCAUGAGACACAUUGAUGCUGCCAAAGAAAAACUGCUUAAAAAGUUAGUGAGAAGAUUCUUAACAUGUUCACAAAAAAGUAUUUGUUUUUUCCUUUUCAUUUUUCUGAUUAAGAAGAGAUUUUUAAAAUUUUCUAUCGUAUUCUCAAGUUAAAUUUAUAUUGGUUUUUUUUUAAUGACAAUUUUCAAUUUUCUGUUUCACUACAGGUGGUUUCUUGAAGUUCAUGACAUUUUUUACCAAGGCAACAAAAGAAAACAAGUUCCAAGCAAUCAGGAUCAAGAGAAAUUGGAGUCCUUCUUUAACUGUGCAGCAACACUCAUGACCCAAAACCUACAAAAUCUGACACUUGACUCCAUCACAGACUACACUAAUUUGUUAGUGCAGCCUCCAGUAAGUAGGCUAGUGAUGUAUGGUAACGCUUUUGAAUUUCAGUAAAUACUAAAAAAAAUGAAGUGAUUUUUCAACCGCCAUUUGAUGUUCAUUCAUUAGGAAAAAGACAGAGCCCUAUCUUUUGAUGCAAAUUUGAGAGUUUUUUAAAAAUAAUAAUUUGUGUUUUCUCCCAUAGUAAAGUGCACAAAAUAUAAUUUUAAAUUAAAUCAUGGUGCUAUACUUAAAACUGGAUUUAAUACAAAACUGUUCUUGUGGGAGAUCUGAUACCCCGAUGGCCAGACUACAUAAGUCACACACAUCCAAGAAUGGAAAAACUUUAAUCUGAUAUACCUUAUUAUUUUAAACUUUUGUUUUCACAGACAUCUGUGAGGGCUUAUGAGCACUCUGGGUUUGUGUUACGGCUUAUUUUGGAUGAGACCGAUAUCAAAUUUGAGCCGACCUUCCGUGACUUCCAAGUAGUUCUAGUCAAUGUAUUUGAUGUCAUGAUUAAAGCUUCCAGAGAUGUGCCACGCAUUGAGACCAAACUCUAUUCAGAAUGGGUGAGUUGUUUUUUUUUACGUUGUCAUGCAUGAUAGGGACAUUGAUCAGUGGCAGUAAAUAGGUUUAAAAUCUUGCAGACUAGCAGAAAUAUUAGUAACCUUAACCCAAUUUGAAAUUGAGAUAGACAAAAUUUUAAUAAAAUAUUUAUUGCAUUCUUAUUAUCUUAAUAGUAAUUUCAUUUUAAAAAAUAGCUUUGUUGAAACUGUGACCUGUGUAAGGUGUUUCAAAUAUUGAAGUAGAGAAGUAGAUAUUUUUACAAACAAUUUUAAAUCAUUAAUCCUUAACAUGUUUAUACUUAUUUUCUUAAAGCAAUUGAAACAUCAGUUUUUAUUAAUAGCCUAGAGAUUAUUUUGAUCAUAAAAGUAAAUCAAAAGAAAAAUAUCUUUUGCAAACUUAAAUGUUUCAAAACUUUAUUUUAGAGUGAAAAUAAAGCCAAAGCAUUGCUAAGACCUAUUAUCCUGGAUGAAAUCCUUGAUGUCCACAAGGCCAAGGUCAAUGAAGUCAUUAUUAAAGAGAGCGUAGGACCCACAGAACACACUCGGAUCUAUGAGAAGUACUCAACAUUGAUCAGCAGACAGGUAAUGUUUUUAAUCACCAUUUAGACAUAAAUUUCAUAACAUGAUAAUAGCAGCUAUUUUUGAAUUUAUGAUUUUACCUAUGAACCAAACUUUAAGCAAAUAAAAAAUUUAUUGUGAAAAUAAGUUGAUAUCAUGAUGUCAAUGUAACCUUUAUAAUUGUGGAUAAAAAUAAUUAAAAUAUAUUUUUUUUAAAUUGUAUUUUUUUUUAAAAUCCACUGUAAUUUAAAUAUAUAAAAUAGCUGUUAAUUUUCAAUGCAGGAAACAAUUCAUAAAAUAGGACAUGAUAUUAUUUGAGGAUUGAAAAAUCAUAUAUCAUAAUGACUUUUUCAUAUAACUUCAUAUAAUUUAUAUAUAUUUUUUUGUUAGGCUGAUGAGGAUGUGACCAAAUUUAUUGAUUUUCAAUGCAGGAAACAAUUCAUAAAAUAGGACAUGAUAUUAUUUGAGGAUUGAAAAAUCAUAUAUCAUAACGACUUUUUCAUAUAACUUCAUAUAAUUUAUAUAUAUUUUUUUGUUAGGCUGAUGAGGAUGUGACCAAAUUUAUUGAAGAGCAACACACUUUUGAUGACUAUGCAAAGGAACUGCUAAAAUAUCACAAACUUGUUGAUGAGAUUAUGUACAACUCAGUCAAGGUAAAACCUCUUUCAAUAUUUUUAUUUUAUAAUAUUAAACCUACAUUCUCUAAACUUUUGAAAAGCUAGUCUACACCAUAAAAAAUUGUAGAAACAAUGAGUGACAAAAUGCUCUUAUGUGACUUAUUUCAUGAUAACAAUCUCUUCUUUUUAACUACGCUUGUUGAAAAUUAUUCUCUCAUAUUAAUUAUUUUGGAAAAGUGGGCAAUAGAAAAUAUAUUUUUUUUGAAAUUGCAUUAAAAGAUUUUUUGUCACAGGUUGUCAUAAGGAGCUAACGUAUUUUCUCUCACACUUGUACAAACACAGGGUUUUAAGCAUUACUUCCCUUUGAUUCCAGGUAGUGAGGCUUGGAAUGUUUGAGGUGCACUGCGAUGAACUGAUCAGAGCUCUAACAAAGAGAGCUGAUGGACUUAGAUCUAGGAUAUUGGUCAAAAUGUGUGCAGACCACCAAAAAGAAAACCAGAAGUAGGAUAUUUAUUGAUUGGACCGAAAUGGAUGGUUUGCAGAUCUCCCAUAAAAAAAGCUUUAAAACAAUUCUAUAAAAACCUUUCAGAUUGUCAUUACAAUUUCAGAUUUUGAAUAAUAACUAAAUUUAGGAAGAGACUAAAUUGAUUUUAAUUUGCACCUAGAAUAAAUUCCACGUUUGGAAUACCAAUUUUUAUUUUUAAAUUUUAUUUAUUGAAAGCACAAAUAUAACAUACUAAAAUUCAUUUGUCUUGUAGACUUGUUGACCAGUACAGAGAGAUAUCAGACAAGGCGCUCUCCACACCUGAAAACACAGAAAAACUGAUGGAGCAAAUGGCUUACAUUAACAAGUGUGAGUCAGAAACCAUCUUCCUGCUGGAGAAACAGCUGAUUCAAAGCAAAGAUCGCCUGACAUUUCUCAGUGACCAUGCAAACUUUUCACCAACAGAGACGAGAUUCAAUGCAGAAGUAAAUGGUGUCCUCUUGUUCUUUUUAAAAUUAUAUUUUUGAUUGUUACAGUCAGAGAUGGAAUGUAAGUUUGGCAUUUAAUAUUUAUUUUUAGUCUGGUGUAAUGCGAGUUCUGCCUCUCUACUUUUAGGGCCUGCAGCCCCCAAUUUUUCUCCCCACUGUGCAACAGCUUAUUCUGGUGACUCCCGUCUAUUUCAGAUAAAAGUUUUAAAAUGUCACAAAUAAUAAUUUUCUAGGCAUGUAUAUAUAGCUGUGAUGCUGUGUUCAAUAGGGUUGCAAAAUAAUUUUCCCAGUAGUUAGCACCAGUGGGAUUCUUAAAAAAUGUGUUACUUUAAUGGAUGUUUUGUCAUGUAACCCUAGUAAUUGGGAAGUUUAUUAUUGCAGCCACCAUUGUUGGAAGGUUAUUUCUAGUUGAAGAGAUAAAAUGCUAACAUGGUGUGAUGCAUCAACCGUUUUAUUCAUAUUAUUAAUAUUGGUGUACAGGACUCUUUAACUUUGUAUCUCCUCCUCUAUACCUCAAGUGAGAAUUUUUAAACCUGCCUAUUGCUUGCAGGUUUUCAAAUGGAACCAAAGGAUGCCACUUGUGUUUGAGGAAUACAAACAACAAGCCAAUGAAAAGAAGAUGCAGUAUGAGGAAGCCCUUAAGGUGUGUGUCACUUUAUGGACAAGGAAAAAAAACAAUAGAAAACAAAAUUUGGAUUCUUUUUAUUCAAAAACAACCCUUAAUUUGACAAUUUUAGUUGGAUUUUUAUAAAACCUAUUUAUGUAAAAUACAGAAAUUUAUAUUUCUUGUUUUGGAAAAAAAACAACUUUCUUUUAUCUAAAAUAAAAUAAGCUCAUGACUAGUAAUGCUAUAACAUAAACAUCCAUCAAUCAUAUUUCAGCUCCGAAGAGAAAGAUUUGCAGAAGAAUUGGAGAGCUACGGCAAGCAGGUUGAAGAGUUCCAAACCUUUGGAGAUAUGUCUGAUAUUAACCGUUACCUGAAGAAAGCUCAGGCCUUAGAUAGCAAGUUACAGGUUGCAGCAGAUAAGGUGAGGCUCAAGCCUGUCAGUGGACACCUUGCUGAUUAAAACAUUUCAUUCUUGUAAUGACAUCAAAGCUCCAGUGUCAUAAUGUUUAGAUCUUUGUUCACCCAAUAUACAUUUUUGUGACCUUUUUCUUUGCUAAACAAAUAAUAAUAAUAAUAAAGUUCAUUUAAAAAACACGCUUCAUCCCCAAAGGCUCGAAGCGCGGUACAAACUGGAAAAUAAAGUAGACAAUCAUCCCAGAAGGUGUUUGCGAAAUAGAUGUGUCUUUAAAUCGGUUUUAAAGGACUCCAGUGUCUGGUUGUUUCUGAGAUCGACAGGAAGGGCGUUCCAAAUUGUUGGACCAGCAAAUGAUGAAAUGAAGAAAUUCAUGAAUCUUGUCAGGAUGCAGAAAAAUCUCUAAAUUAAUUAAUUGACUUAAAAGGGUACAUACUAAAUAAUUGACAUAAGAGGUAAAGAUGUUUAUUUACUUACUGUGGUAAAAAGACCUUUUUUGGUAUUUAAAUAAAAAGAAAACAAGAAAACACUGUCAUGCAGUUAUUAGUUUAUGGGUACUCCUGUUCAAUGACAAAGGCAUUGACUUAAAUGAGUACAUACACAAAAAUUGCAUAAUAAAUAGAUAAAGAUUCAACCUAAAAAUUGAAGUGCUAUGAAUUGUUAAUUAAAAGGAUUAGAAUUAUUGACUAGAUUUAAGAUUUCUAAAUUAAAAUAUAUGGAUGAUCUUUGACUAAAUAUUAGUUCCCCCCCUCAAAUGCACUGGAUCAUGAGAAAUGUACAAACUUCUCAUUUUUAUUUAACAUGACUCAUACUGAGAAAUCUUCACAACAAUUUCUUUUGUUUCUUCAAACACAUGAACUCAGGUUGAGGCCUUUAACAAUGAAGAAGAAGCCUUUGGUUGGGACACCACAGUUUAUCCCCAGCGAUUGAACAUCAUCAACAACCUGAAGCCCUACCUGCAGUUGUAUGAGCUGACUGUAGACUUCAAUACCAAGCACAAGUAGGCAACCUUGUUUUGUACCACCUGUGAACAAUCUUUUUUCCAGAAGUUACUAGCAAAUAACAAAUAAAAUCUUCAUUUAACUAUAAAUUGGUUAUCAUUGUUACUAUUCUGUAAUAAAAAAUGAAUUUUUAAAAAGUUUUUGAAAAGUAACUGUUUCUAGGGGGGGGGGGGGGAAUGCAUCGGGGAAAAAAAGUAAUGCAUCUAAUAAAAACAUAAUUAUGAGUAUCUCCAAAGUGUGUGGAUAAGGAGGAAAGAGCUAAAAAUUCUAGGUUGUAAAACUUGUAAGCGUAGAGGAGAAAAAAAAUAAAGUAUCAUUUGUGAGAUGGUAGUCACCAGAUUUUUUGGUAUUGAAAUUCAGUUUAUUUUACGUUCAAAUUUCCUGUGUUCCCCUUUCAUAUUUUUAGCAUGACUUACGUUAUUUUUUUUUUUACCCACCCAGAGAUUGGAUGGAUGGUCCAAUGGCUGGAGUUGACCCAGAUAUUGUUGAUCAGGAGGUGGGAAACUUUUGGCGGUCACUUUAUAAACUGGAGAAAACAUUUGAUUCUGUUCCUGCUCCCAAAAAAAUUGCCUCUAAGGUAUUCAAUUUAUACAAUUUUGUUUAAAGCUCUAGUUUUUAAAUAUCGUGUAAUUUGAAGAUUUUUCUAAAAAAAUUAUUAUUUCGUAGUGUCCAUAAUUCAUUUCUAAUUCUAUAAAUUCACCUACUAUCAGCAAGUGCCUCCAACCCAACCAUAAGCCUAUCAACAAAUGUUCUUACUGACCACUCCAACCCAACCAUAAGCCUAUCAACGAAUGUUCUUACUGACCACUCAUUUACUUCUCAAACUGAUGAACCAAGCUGUAACACUCAUAAAUUAUAUGUUUGUGUAGUCAUUGCAGUCAGCUAUCAUCUGCUACCCUCUAGGUCAAGACCAAAGUUGAAGAGUUCAAAGAGCACAUGCCUCUCAUCCAGACCUUGUUUAACCCCGGCCUGAGAGAGCGCCACUGGGCCCAGAUCUCAGACAUUGUGGGCUACAACAUGCGGCCAGACGACUCGUAUUGCUUGAGCAAGCUGGUUGAUAUGAACUUGGAAGCUUAUGUGGGCAAGUUUGAGUCCAUAUCAGAGUCUGCCAGCAAGGAGUUCUCUUUGGAAAAAGCCAUGCAGACCAUGAAGAAAGAGUGGGCACCGGUAAGUGCGAUAGAUAGAUAGUGGUUUACAACAAUGGCCUUUUAUAGGCUUUAUGUUAUUGCUAAGAACCACCUCAUGUAUGUUUGUUUUUAAUUUGUUGUUCAUUUCUCAUCAUUGUCUGCAUUCAUUGAUAGAUUGAAAUAAAAAAACACAAUCAUCAUUAACUUUGUUGUCUGCUAAAGCAUGUGUAUAUUAAUUAUACAUAGAAUGCGGUGUUAAAAAAUCAAAGUAAGCAACAGUUUUUCAAUUAACGCCGUACAUUUUCAACGUAAGUCUUGAAAAAAAUAAAUUCAAACAUCUUGUUGACAGUUAGGAAAUGCUCUAUGAGAUAUUGAUGUUUCUCUUUGUCAUACAAUCAUCAUUAUACUGUAGCACCCACAAGAUACAGAACCUGUAAGUAUGGCCAGGUGUGGUCACUCAUGUUUGAUACUCAUCACUGGGUACUUCUUUAGUACCUGUCAAGUAAUGUUCAUGUCACCAUCACUGAUCAUAAUUGUUUUAGUAUUAUUUGCCAUCUUGACUUACAAAAAUCCCAUUUUAAUUCACAAAACUGUCCUAGAAAAUAACUUAUAAACGUUAAUAUCUGAAAUUAUAAUUGUUAUCCUCUGAAAUCAACUUGGAUGUAAAUGGAUGUAAAUGUUAUUUCAUAUUUCCAAGAAUUUGUUCACCUCAAGAGUAAUUUAUUAAUAGCUUUUUCUUAGUGUAACACAUUUACUCUGACAUGGCGUGGGAUCUUAUUUCUUAUGCUGUGGGUUAUGUCAGUAGUAUGGUUACUUAUGUUAUGUUAAUACUUCAGGAUGCCGACUAAGACUUCUUCAUUCUUCCACUUAUUAUCCAGGCACGCAAAUAAGAAUACUGAAUCCUGGUUAAACUUACAGUACUUUAUUGAACACACUUUAUACUGAUAAUAUUAAUGAUAAUCCUUGCAUGAAUGUAAUUUCACAUAUAUAUAUAGUAUUAUUCCAUCAUUCAGAAAGACACGUCCUCACACCACUAUAACUCAGCUCAAACUGUCUAAUCACACAGCUCUCCUAGCUCUACUGUUCUCUACUGUUCUCUACUGCCCUGACUAUCUCAGUCAACUCAUACUUUAUUACCAGCAAAGCGUGGAAAACAACCGCUCUGACAAAAACAUAAUUUUACUCUCCAAAAACGUGGAGCUCACAUUGUCCUCUCAAAAUACAAUUCAUUGUCCUCGUGGACAAAACAUGGUCAACACCAUUCACUGUUCACUCAUGCUACCUCUCUGUUUUCAUGUGAAAACAUUGUCCGUUACACUUAGUCAUGAUCUUAAAAUCAUAAUAUGAUUAUAUUAUAAUCUCUGUCUUUUUACAUUAAAAAAAAAAGACAUGCACUUUUUGAAGUUACAGCACAAGAUAUAGGUGCCAUCUUGUAUCUUUCAUGUACUCACUUCCUGUGAGUCUUUGCAGCAAACUAAUACUGAGUUCUAAAAAAGCCUUGCACAAAAUGUUCACUGUUUGUUAAAUUGAAUUUGGUCCAAUAUGUCAUUUUAUUUGCUGUUAAGUUAAUUGUGAGGAAAGUAUAAAGUAAAUAUUUGAUAAAUUAAAUGGGGAUGAAAAAUGGGUUAUUUAAUUGAUCAGAUAUUGACAGAGCGCUAGGCUAUUUGAUUGCCCCAGUACUUGGAUCUAAUAGAUUUAUUGAUCAGAUAUUGACAGAGCGCUAGGCUUUUUGAUUGCCCCAGUACUUGGAUCUAAUAGAUUUAUUGAUCAGAUAUUGACAGAGCGCUAGGCUAUUUGAUUGCCCCAGGCUAUUUGAUUGCCCCAGUACUUGGAUCUAAUAGAUUUAUUGAUCAGAUAUUGACAGAGCGCUAGGCUAUUUGAUUGCCCCAGUACUUGGAUCUAAUAGAUUUAUUGAUCAGAUAUUGACCGAGCGCUAGGCUAUUUGAUUGCCCCAGUACUUGGAUCUAAUAGAUUUAUUGAUCAGAUAUUGACAGAGCGCUAGGCUAUUUGAUUGCCCCAGUACUUGGAUCUAAUAGAUUUAUUUUGAAUUUCACAAAAAAUGUGAUCGAGACCAGUGUUCCCCAAAUGGUGGUCCACUGACUGGAACCAGUUCCCAAGCCUUAAGUUGCUGGUCCACACAACAUAAAUGUUAAUGGUACAACAUGAAUGUUAAUGGUACAACAUGAUUGUUAAUGGUACAACAUGAUUGUUAAUGGUACAACAUGAAUGUUAAUGGUACAACAUGAAUAUUAAUGGUACAACAUGAAUGUUAAUGGUACAACAUGAAUGUAAAUGGUACAACAUGUAUGUUAAUGGUACAACAUGAAUGUUAAUGGUACAACAUGAAUGUUAAUGGUACAACAUGAAUGUUAAUGGUACAACAUGAAUGUUAAUGGUACAACGUGUAUGUUAAUGGUACAACAUGAAUGUUAAUGGUACAACAUGUAUGUUAAUGGUACAACAUGUAUGUUAAUGGUACAACAUGUAUGUUAAUGGUCAAAUGGAGAAACUAUAAUCAAUAAAUCUGGCACUGUUCCCUGGUUCAUUUUUGAAACUUGUCCACUUAAAAAGUUUAGGGAAAUGCUAACAUUUACCAAACACACCAAAAGGAAAGAUAAAAAAGGAAACAAAUUUUUGGUUUCAACCCUUCUUUUAAAAAUAGACUUUCAAUAUAUCCGGUUAUGCUGCGUUAAAAAUAAGUUACAGAUUUUUAUAUCCCAACUUUUGUAUUCAAAAUUGUUAUUUUUGACCUGAGAAAUAUAUUGCAUAAAUCAAUAGUUAUGGUAAAUGAUAGGCGUACUGGUAUAAGGAGAAGAAGAAACCAACAGGUUUGAAAUCAGUUUGUGCACUGUUUAUGGGGGUCCACUCACAAGAUUUUAGCACAUUGUAAUAACUGCCAUCCUGUCAUCCUUCUACAGUUUGAGUUUGUCGUCAUCCCGUAUCGUGAGACAGGGACGUCUAUCUUGUCCUCCAUUGAUGACAUACAGCAGUUGCUUGAUGACCACAUUGUCAAGACACAGACCAUGCGUGGCUCACCUUUCAUUAAACCAUUUGAACAAGAAAUCAAGUAAGUAGCACCAUUUAUACAAUGUAGCUUUUUUAAAAAUAUUUUAAUUGACACAUAUCAACAGUUUAAAUUCUGUUGUGGUUAAAACGGAUUUCUGGUUGGAACCGUCAUCUGUAAUUAGAAAUUUGAACUAACUAAUGGGAUUUCCCUUUAUUCUUUCUUGUUUGAAGAGUAAUAACAGAGAUAAAAAAAAUUAGAUUUAAAGCACUACAAAGUGGAUCAGUACCUGCUUACCUCAACUGUGCUUCUGUCAUUGUGUUCUUUAUUCACCAAAGGCACAAACUAUUCUUUACAAAGAGUGCUAUGAACACCAUAAGUUUUAAACAAGUAAUAAAAUGGUGCUGUAAAGAAUGAAUUUGUAUAAAAAAAUCAGUACAAAACUUAUUUUUUCUAAACCAUUCAGCACCAAAGAAUGUUGGUCCAAUAGAAUUUUGUUGAAAAUUGAAUAAUGGGAAAAAAAACAAGAAAUUUUUUUGAUUAAAAAAGUUUACAUUUUCCCCAUUUCUCACUCCCUCCUUGCACUUGAAAAAACAUUUAAAAAAGAAAAAAAUCCAUUUAAACAACAUUCCUUCUUAAAAAUUGUUUUUGAACAAAUAAGUUUCAUACUUAUUUCUGGUGACCGAAUAAGUUAUAUCUACAGUCUGCUUAUUAUCUCUGUACUGUUAAUGGCAUGAGGAAAAGGCCAAACCUUUUAUUUUGAUUUGAUCUAUUUGAACAGGGAGUGGGAAGGCAAGCUGAUGCUGCUCCAGGACAUCCUUGAUGAAUGGCUCAAAGUUCAGGCCACAUGGCUCUACCUGGAGCCAAUCUUUAGCUCACCUGACAUAAUGGCUCAGAUGCCAGAAGAAGGGAGAAGAUUUGCCACAGGCAAGUGCGGUGUCAUCACUUCCAUCACUGUCUCCUUCUGGCUCUCAGAAUUACUGUUUUAACUUGUUUAUGAGCUUGUCAUGUGAAUCUGUGAGAAUUUAAGCUAUCUUUUAAUGCUAUGACAGGAUAUUGGAAGAUCACAUGAAAAGGUCAAACAAAGAGUAAAUGGCAACGAGAUCAUAACUUUGGAGUUGAUCCUUUUGUUCUUAUAGUCUUAAACAGUGCUUUCAAGCUAAGCAUUUACAUGUACAGAGAACGACACAGAAAGGUUAAGAUGGAAAAAUGGGCUAACCCUAGGAAUAUUUUUUAAUGACGCUGAAUUCCACGAUCUAUGGUACUCGCUUUCCCCUCCUACCUUAAUCUACCAGAAAAAGUUAAUUACCUUAAUUUUUCGUGGCAGUUAUGUAAACAUUACUAUGCAGAAAUUUAAUUAAUUUUUUUUAAAAAGAUUUUAAAUUGUUUUGCUUCAUUGUUGUGUUUAGUGGACAAAAACUGGCGUGACAUUAUGAAGUCCGUGAAUAUUGACAAACACGUGUUGGCCGUGCUCAACAUUGACAAGAUCUUGGAGAGGUUGAAGAAGUCCAAUGAAUUGCUGGAACUCAUUCAGAAGGUUGGAGCCUCUAUUAGUCUUCACUUUCUUUUUAAAUUUAAAAAAUAUAUUCUUCUUCUAAAAUGAUGUCCAGUCUAUGUUUUAAAAGAAACAUAAUUUUAACUAAAUUGUAUCAUUAUACAAUAAAUUGUGUCAUUAAUAAAGGGGAGAAAAUCUUGUGACCCCGAGGUGUCAUGCCAAGUAAUGGUUUUGGGCUCAUAACAUCUCUCUCUGAUCACAAAAAAAAAAAAUGGUUGCUGGCCACAACUUUACAAUUAUUGUUUAUGACAAUACAAAUAAUAUUUAUUCCCAGGGUUUGAAUGAAUACCUUGAGAAGAAACGUCUCUACUUCCCACGCUUCUUCUUCCUCUCUAAUGAUGAACUUCUGGAGAUUUUGUCUGAGACCAAGGAUCCAACACGGUAAGGGAGAGGUUUUGUUAGAAUGGUUCUCAGAUUGUGAGAGGUUUUGUUAGAGUGCUUCUCAUAUGGUGUGAUUGUGAGAGGGUUUGUUAGAGUGGUUCUCAUAUGGUGUGAUUGUGAGAGGUUUUGUUAGAGUGCUUCUCAUAUGGUGUGAUGCAGCAACUGGGCUGCUCAGUCAGAGGUUUUGUUAAACUGGUUCUCAUAUGGUGUGAUUGUGAGAGGUUUUGUUAGAGUGCUUCUCAUAUGGUGUGAUUGUGAGAGGUUUUGUUAGAGUGCUUCUCAUACGGUGUGAUUGUGAGAGGUUUUGUUAGAGUGCUUCUCAUAUGGUGUGAUGCAGCAACUGGGCCGCACAGUCUGGAAUCAUUGAGCUUAGGUAUUGCCUUAGAGGAUACAAUGGAGAAUAUUUUGUGACCCUGAGUUUUCUUAUGGCAAAUUAGUUCUUUAAAGAAAACUUUGCCAUGCUUUUUAUAUUUUAACAUACAAUAGUUAACAAUCCCUACAAUAGUUAACAAUCCCUGUAAUAGUUACCAAUUCCUUUAAUAGUUAACAGUCCCUGUAAGAUGUAAUAUGCGAUUGUCAGUGUCAUAGAGAGUUGUUUUGGUCAGAUUUAUUUGUUUAAAUCCCCAGCUCUGCUACAUGUUUAAAAAUGUGUAACUGGAAAUUUAUAUUGUAACUCAGCAAUGCAGUACGUUUUGCUUUUCAACAGCUUUGCCACAUAAAAAGUAGUUGUGCACACCCUUUUAGAGUAACUUUUGAUAAAGGUGUUUCAAUCAAAUUUUAGAGUAUUGAUUAAAAAGCAUUGAACAGUAAACAGUUGUGAAAGGAAUUCAUAAACUGGUAUUGAAAUUUGAUUAUAUCAUUUGAUUAAAAAAAUUUAUUUCUUCCAUUGAUAUUUUACAAUUUUAUUUCUACAAAUUAGGGGGGAAGGGUGGAGAAUUAACUUAGACAAUUUUGUUUGCCUUACAGUUUUUACAUAGAGCUAACUUUAGAAUUGGUUUACUUGCAGUGUCCAACCCCAUCUCAAGAAAUGCUUUGAAGGAAUUGCAACUCUUGAGUUCACUGAUGUGCUUGACAUAACCCACAUGAAAUCCAGCGAAGGUGAGGUUGUCUUACUAAAGGAUGUCAUUUCGACCUCUAAGGCCAGAGGUCAAGUGGAGAAAUGGCUGCUGGAACUUGAAGGCGACAUGGUGAACUCCCUUCGUAAGGUAAGCGCAGAAAAUCAAAUAACUAUUUGAAAUGCUCAUAAACUUUUCUUUUUAAAGAUAAUUAAAAUACUUUUUUUUUAAAAUAUGUUUUGUCAAUGGGUUACCGGAAAUUUGAUCGAAAGAAAUUUCGUCGACGGUAAAUUGAUCGACGGAAAUUUGAUUGAAAGAAAUUUAGUCGACUGUAAAUUGAUCUAUCGAAAUUUGAUCGAACGGAAAUUUGGUCUAAUCUUUUUUUCAGUGCACAUGUUAAAAUUUUCAUCAAAUUUCUUUUUAAAUGCUCUAUACUAUGUAAUAAAACAAAAUAUUGCGUUAAAAAAGAAAUUUGAAGCAGAAUUUUAAAGUAAAAACUGAAUAAAAGAUUCAACCAAAUUUCUGUUCGAUCAAACUACCGUCUAUCAAUUUACUGUCGACGAAAUUUCUUUUGAACAAAUUUCCGGAUACGUAAAUAUGUUUUGUCAAUCACCAAAGAAUGUUUAACUGAAGUCUAAUUUUGAAUAUCUUAGUCUAAAAAUUGUGCUGCUUGCCUUAAGUUAACUUAAGCUUUUGCAGCUUGCUUUAGUAUUAAUUUAUGCAGUCUAAAAGACAAUGUGAAAAAAUGUGAAAGGGCUGGCAUUUCUACUAGCAAGACAAUCAAACUUUGUCUUUAUGCAACGGCCUUAUUUAGUUGUGAUGCAUCCAGUAGACAUGUUAACAUUAAAAUGAAAUGUCCUCAGGUGAUUGGAGAGUCCAUUGAAGCAUACAACACCAGCCCUCGUAGAGACUGGGUUCGCAACUGGCCUGGCCAAGCAGUGUUGUGUGUGUCACAAAAAUAUUGGACGUCCUUCAUUCAUGAGUCCAUCAGAGAAGGACAUGAACACCUAGCAAACUAUCUUGCUGUAAGUUGAUUCUACAUCAGGCAAGAUCGAAUGGACUGGUGGUCCUUAAAGCCAGCUUCAGUAAAGUGAUAAAUCACAUUAACUAAUAGAUAGUACUGUCUUAUUUUAGUAAUUAGUGUUUACUCUAAGAAAAGCCAAAACAAGUGAUGUAAUACUACAAAGGGUUGGUUUAAAAACAAUAAAUUUUGUAAAACUAAAUCUUGAUAAGGUUUCCUAAAGAAAAGAAAAAAUUCAAGGUGCUUAGAUUGUUACCUACAUCACCAAAAUCAAAAUAAUUUAUAUUAUAUUAAUUAAGAUUUAGUUUAAUUUUUUUUUAAAUAAUAAAUUUCUAAAUUAUUUUAGUUGAAUAACUCACAAAUUGAUGAAGUUGUUGCCCUUGUGAGAGGAGAGUUGUCCAAACAGAACCGUGUCACGCUCCAGGCUCUGAUAGUCCUCGACGUCCAUGCUAGGGAUGUGCUGGCCACAUUGGUGGAUGAUAAAGUCUCCAGUGAGCUGGACUUCAAAUGGCUGAGUCAGCUGAGAUACUAUUGGGAGGUGGGUGCUGCUGAAAAUGUCCAAGGCUCAUAUCAAAUGGUGUUCAGAUGGUAUCAAAGAAAUAUUACACAAAUAUUUUUCAUCUAAUUAAUUUAAUCACCUUUUUUAAAUUAAAAUUUUCAUGAAUUCAGGUGGGUCAAAUCAAAGAAAUAUUACACAAAUAUUGUGCAUAUGAUUAAUUUAAUGACAUUUUUUAAAUUACAAUUUUCAUGAAUUCAGGACAGCCAAAUGGUUACUAGAAUGAUCAAUUCUAAAUUGCCAUAUGGCUACGAAUAUCUGGGAAACUCUGGACGUCUUGUCAUAACACCAUUGACAGACAGAUGCUACAGGUUAGUAAUCCUAUUUAUUAAAAUAUGUUUAAGCCCUCAAUCGAAAAAAUCUGAAAAGGAACUUGCAUAAAUCUAUAUAUAAUUCUACAAUAACAUAGUUCAGUUUUGACAUCUUAUUACAAAUUGUAUGUCUCAUAUUGUUUGUGUUAUCCCUUUUUGUAGUUUCUAUUAUUUUAACCCCACAUUCUUAUUGAAUAGAAUAAAGCACAAAUUAAAAUAUGGGAGAUACUGCUUUAUAAGGAAUGUGUAUUUAAUGUACUUUUUAACAAACCCCCCCCCCCCCCUUUUUUUUUUUUUCCAACCUGGAAGAACUUUGUUUGGAGCUCUCCACCUCCAUCUUGGUGGUGCGCCAGAAGGCCCAGCUGGCACAGGGAAAACUGAAACAACCAAAGACCUGGCCAAAGCUGUUGCUAAGCAGUGUGUCGUCUUCAACUGUUCAGAUGGCCUUGACUACAUUGCUUUGGGGAAAUUCUUCAAGGUAAGCUUAGCAGUAAUUUUGAUUGCCUUCUUUGAAUCACAUCCUAACUUUUGUGACUUUGGUCUUCUCAAACUGCAUAAUUCUAAAAUAUUUAAAUAAAGGAAAUUUGUGGAAAGUGUGUGUGUGGGGGGGGGGGGCAUUCCCAUUUUGUUAAAAAAAGAUUUGACAUCACUGACAUCUGUAAAUUAAAAUUUAGUAUUUUUUUUUAGAUUAAUAAAUUAGGUACAAGAUUGUUUAAAUUUUCUUUAAAUGUGUAAAAGCCAAAGUCAAAUCCAAAAGGGGAAAAAAAAUAAUAAUGUUGUACCAAAACAUUAUAAUUCCAAGAAUUACUUAUGAAAGCUUGAAUAAUGGGAUGAGCAUUUGGAGGUUAUAUCAGAGAUUUGCAAUGACACAGUACAAGACAGUGAGGAGAGGUUAAAAGCAAAAGCCUUAGGCUGCUUAGAGCAACUUAAAGAAGAAUAUUUUUUAAUCAUUCUACUUCAAUAAUCUUUUUAAAAUUUUCUUGUGAAACACAGGGUCUCGCUUCGUGUGGUGCCUGGUCCUGUUUUGAUGAGUUUAACCGAAUUGACCUUGAGGUCUUGUCUGUAGUUGCUCAGCAGAUUCUUACCAUUCAGAGAGGUGUGUAUGAUGGAAGAUUAUCUUUUCAGCUUUGUUACAUAUGAUUCAUUGCCACUAUUCCUUCAUAUUCAAUUCCAUUCUCCAAUUCCUUGGCUCUUGUAUCUAUCACGCUGCCUCAUGACAAAGUCUUCUUAAAACUUUGAUUAUCUUUCAUUAUUAUCAUAUCACACUUCUAUUGCUGCCCACAGAUACUACUUACCAGCUAAGUGCUAUUUCUUAUUUUUAUUCUUAUACCGUUUUUUUUCUGUUGUUUUGUUAGCUUCGUCAGCGAACAAAAACAACAGAAAAAAAAACAACAAAAAAACGUUCGCUGUUUUGUUGCGUUUAUUUUUUCAGGUUUAACCCUACUCUGUUUUACUCAUUUUAUUUUCACAGGUAUCCUGGCAGGAGCGGACACGCUUCUUUUUGAAGGUACAGAAAUAAAAUUGGACCCAACCUGCUCAGUUUUCAUCACCAUGAACCCUGGCUAUGCAGGCAGAUCUGAAUUGCCAGACAACCUCAAGGUUUGUAUUGAUGAAAAGAAAUUAUUAGGAUAAAACGCAGCUAGAUUAUUUUAUUUAUACAAUGUCAUUUUGUCCCAACUGAAACCUUUCCUGACUGUUCUGACCUCUUCUUUGCAGGCUUUGUUCAGAACAGUGGCCAUGAUGGUUCCAGACUACGCCCUCAUUGCUGAGAUCUCCCUCUACUCCUGUGGCUUUGUCAAUGCCAGGCCUCUGUCUGUGAAGAUUGUUGCAGUGUACAGACUGUGCUCUGAGCAGCUGUCCUCCCAACACCACUAUGACUAUGGCAUGCGUGCUGUUAAGUCUGUGUUAACUGCUGCCGCUAAUCUGAAGGUAACGGAAACAGAUCAAAACUGUCGUUAAAUCUAAUGGGAAAUUAUUGAGGAUUUGGACAAAAUUAAUAAUAGAUGAAUUUUGCACCACUAUAUCUUAUAAAGUGUUUAAAAUCCUAGGGAAUAAUGAACAGAAGUUAAGGGAAUACUUGAAAAAAUACAACAUGCAGGAGUUUUGAAACUAUGGGAUGUUUCGAGAGAGUUAAACAUAACUUGAACAGAGCAAUGAUAUCUUUAUGAAGAUUGGACAAUGGAAAAAAAACAUUUUUUUACAACCCAUUUCUUUUAUUGUCCAAUCUUCAUAAAGAUAUCAUUGCUCUGUUCAAGUUGUGUACGAUAAAGACACUUCAAAGAGUAAUUUUGCUGUCACAGUUCAAGCAGAAACUGAUUUAGUGCUUCUCGCUCUUACUUAAUUUAUUUUUAGUAUCUCUUAUAUUAAACCGUUCCAUGGGAAUUUCAAUUGAUCCCAAAAUAGUAGUCAGCAAUUUUAGUAGGAUAAAAUUAAAAUGCAUUAUUAAAAUGACACAUGCUGAGACUGUCCCAAAGACAGCCUCAAGAAACCAAAAAUUACUUUGGAAGCUAAAAUGUGAAUGGAUAUUUUUCACUUUAAAUGUAUAUAAUUUUUUGUGUGAAUAAUUUGUGCACAUUUGAUUAAUUGAUUUUAAAUUAAUAGGAGACUAGUCACAAUUGUAAAUUUUAGUAUUAUUUUGUAUUCAUUUGUAGCUGAGAUAUGAUUGGGUACUUUUCUUCGUAGAGUAAUAUAAUAAUUGUGAAUAAGUUAUGCAGAUUCGAUUAAUUGAUUUUAAAUUCUCAGAAGACUAUACACAAUUGUAAUACAUUAUUAUUAUUAUUAUUGAAUUCCAGUUGAAAUAUCCCGAGGAAGAUGAGAACAUUCUCAUGCUGAGAUCUAUCAUUGAUGUGAAUCUACCCAAGUUCUUAAACCAUGACCUCCCACUGUUCCAUGGCAUCACCUCUGAUCUCUUCCCCGGGGUCAAGCUGCCAGAACCUGACUAUGUUGAUCUCAAUGCUGCCAUCAAGGAAAAUUGUGAGAGGGAAAACUUGCAAUGCACCAAUUUUUUCUUGGAGAAGAUUCAACAGGCAAGUGUCACAUGAUAAACAAUAAUACUUUGGCUGUAAACUGAAGAAAAUUUUUUAAAAAUGAAAAAAAUUACCCUAAUUUUUACGAGAUUUUUAAAGUAAAUCCAAAACAAACAAUAAAUGUUCAAUAGAAGAGUUGUCUUCCCCUCCCAAUGAGAAAAAAAAACAUGAAUUAACUGUUAUUAAAGUAUUUAAAUUACUAAGUUUUUUUAUUUGGUGUAAUGCAUUAUCAAUUGACUUUUAAAAAUUAUUUGUGAGACCAAUAAAUGGUCUUUGUCGUGUUCCGUUCCAGAUCUACGAGAUGAUGAUUGUGCGUCACGGCUUCAUGAUUGUAGGGGAGCCACUUGGUGGCAAGACAAGUGCUUACAGAACAUUGGCAAUGGCUUUAGGAACUCUGAAAGAGAAGGUAUGAAAAUUUAAAUGCUAGCUGGGUCUCUUUUUAAACUUGGGUCUACUGCUGUACCUUACUUUAUGGACUAAAAAAGAAUAAAUGUUUGACUGAUCCUCACUACACAAUUAUUAUUUUUUCUAUUUUAUGCUAGGACCUGAUGAAUGAAAACAAAGUACAGAUAACUGUUAUCAACCCUAAAGCCAUCACAAUGGGUCAGCUGUAUGGUCAGUUUGACCCAGUUUCCCAUGAGUGGUCUGAUGGUGUCUUGGCCGUUUCUUAUAGAGCCUUUGCAACCUCAACGGUUUGUACAUGAAAUGCUUGAAGUUCCCUUUAACACCAUCUCAUUUUGUUAAUUCGUUUCAUGGCAGAGUUGAUCGAUGCAACCUGCAUAGAAAUACUUAUGAUUCAAUAUUCAGUGAUGUCCAGUGUUUGAACUGCUAUCACUAAGUCCCAAUGAGACCGCUCAGACUUAGUUUGCCUUUUCAGUUUUAAAAUUGUUUAUUUUUUCAAGACUGAAGAUCGCAAAUGGUUGGUGUUUGAUGGUCCAGUAGAUGCCAUUUGGAUUGAGAACAUGAACACUGUGUUGGAUGACAACAAGAAGCUUUGCCUCAUGAGCGGGGAGAUCAUCCAGCUGGCACAGACAACAAAUCUCAUUUUUGAACCCAUGGAUCUGGAAGUUGCCUCCCCUGCCACAGUCAGUUCUGGGGGGGAAAUACUUUAAUGAUAAUUAAAAUUGUAAUUAAUUAAAAGUAUAACCAUGUUAUAUUGGUCAAAACAUGAUAUAUGUUGCAUUUCAUUGCACUGCCACUAAUUAAUUAUUUUUAGAAUAAAUUUAAAAAUAAGCAAAUAUACAUUUAUUUUCUAAAGAUGCAACUGUCUGCUAGGAAGAAAAGUGUACAUGUUAGGGACUUAAAAAAACAAAAUAUAAUUAAAGAGAAAAGAAACACAAAUUCAGGAAAGCAAAAAUGCUUUCUCUGACUUUUGUGUGACAAAAAAAAAUCAUGCAUACAGUCAAAAGGUAUUAUUAGAGCAUGGCUGACUGAGUUUUACAAAUGAAUUUACAUAUGUUUAAAGCACCCCUUCGAUGGAUAAUAUAAAUUAAAUAUGAUUGUUUUCUGACUUUCAGGUGUCCCGCUGUGGUAUGAUUUACAUGGAGCCACAAACCCUCGGCUGGCGCCCACUGGUCAAAUCUUGGAUGAACCGUUUACCGUCAGGCUUGACAGAGGUCCACAAGAGCGUCCUGAAUGACAUGUUUGAGAGAUUUGUCGAUGCUGGCCUGCAGCUUGUUCACAAGGGUGGCGUCAAGGUAAGCACUGCAAAAAUCCUUCUCAAAAUGUGUUCAUUCCUUUGCCUUUGAAUAUAUAAUUAACAAUUUAUUGUAGUGAUCGAAAAAAUAUUCUUGAAUCAAUUUUCAAGCUACAAAGGAAUUGCCUCAUAAAAAGUGUCUGAUUUUGAUUGAUUUAUUUAUUAAUUACUUUUAUAGCAACUGUAUCCAUGAUAUUUUAGCAUGCUCACAGCGCUCUGAUGUCCUAAAAUCUAUUUAAAGAAAAAAUUCUUAAGAUUGUUCUUAAAUGACUUUUUAUCAUUUUCAAUUUCCCUCAAAGAUUGAGGCAUUCCUUUUGACUUUUUUCUGUGUCCAUCCACACUGGGAAAUAUUCUUACAAUUCUAUGCAUUUUUAAUUAGCCCCGAUGUAGCCCAGACUUUUCAGAGAAACUAUUUCCAAAAUAAGAUUAUUUUAGGGAUUGAUGGCAAAAUGUUAUUAACCCAACUGAUCCCAACUUCAGGAAUUGUCUCCCACAACUGACUCCAACCUGGUCGUGGCCCUGAUGAAUCUCAUUGAUUGCCAGAUGGAUGAGUUUCAAGAUGAGGCUAAAGUAGCUCAGAUGGAAGAGAGGGAAAUUAUUACAUGGCUUGAGGUAAGGAUAAAAGGAAGCUAGUUAUUUAUUAAAGAAAUUGGAUUUUCAAUUCUCAUUAUCGGUUGUUUCAUUUCUCAGAUAAUAAUAUAAUUACAAUUAUUGUAUAUUCAUUUUGGGAUGGGGAUAUUAUUUUGUUUUAAUUUUUUUUAGCUCAUCACAUGAAUGAUCUUUUUCAAAUUUUAAAGAGAAUUUUAUUUGACAUGCAAUAGAUAGGAUUCUAGCAAUGUCUGAGUAGCUUUUUAAGUCCCCCUAAAUUUUUGCGGGAAUGUAGUUUGGACCUCAGCAGAUUAUCAUUAGUUUCAGGUGUCCACAAUCUGGUAAAGUUAAGAACCCUUUUAACUGAAGUUUUACAAUCUGGUUGCCAGAUCUGUAUUCUGUUAUAUUUAAAGCAUUAUUAGUCCUAUUAUUGUUCAUCAUCAUUUUAUCUUAUAGUUCUAUAUUUGUAAAACUUCUCGUUUAACCCUAAUCUGUUAAUUUUGUUUUAUUUCACUUCCAAAUUUCCUAAGAUUGUUUUUUUUUAAAUUAUAUUUCUUUUAAUGUAUUUCCUGCAUGAUUGAGGUCAAAAUUUAAAUAAUUUUUUUUCAGAGCAUUUUCUUCUUUGCUUUGACCUGGUCUGUGGGAGCCAGUAGUGAUGACAAAGGCCGUCUGCGAUUUGACAAACUUGUGAGGGAGCUCAGCUCCGUGAGUGUCAUUUAUUGAAUGAAUUUUCUGUUUUGUUUACAUUGUCAAUGUAAUCUGUUUCCAAAACUGAAAUAUCCUGAGGAUGUAAAGUAAACUUAAGGCUGUAACACAUGUUAGACAACAAACAGGUUUGUAAAAGGGAGUUGCUUAAAGAUAUUUGUACAACACAUUUUGUUGUGUGUAUCAAAUUCUCUGUUAGCAUCCCCUUUUUAUUCCUCAAACAUAUGUGUAAAUUAGAAAAUAAUUCAUUUUAAUUAUGCAACCUUGAUUUAAAUAAUAUGUUCCAUGUUGUUCUUUUUGUUACACUACAUUAAAGCACAUUGAUAAAAUUAUAAUGAUGCAUAAUUACCUCCCUUUAUAAAAUGUUCCUCUUUUCUAAAGAUCAUCUCAUUAAUUCUCUGUUCAAGACAAAAAUAGUUUUAAAAAAUGUUCUUUAAAUCUAAUGUGCUUGUGUAAUAGAUAUUUAUAAUAUUUUUUUGUCAGGGAGGGAUGACAGAAGAGACAAGAAAGGAUAUUGGACUAGUUGAUCUGAUAGAACCACCAAUGAAACCCUAUGUCAAUCCCCACCCACCAAAAGGAAAAAUUUAUGAUUACAAAUUUGUCAAAGAGGUUUGGUUUUUACCAAAAAAAAUUAAACAGUGGUGUAAAUUUUUUUUAAAAAAUUACUUUUUAAAAUCCUUUCAAAUUUGAGGACUAAAUAUUUGCUGUGAUAUUACACUUUAUUUUCUAAAAAGAAUCCAUGUUUUUUUAAUUGCUGCUUUUUCAACAUAUUCUAUGUCAUCAGUAUUUUAGUUAAAAUUGACAUUGCAUUGAGUCUGGCCAAGGUGUAUUUUGACAUGAUUGUGUUCAUUUUAUCAUGAUCUUUGAUCUGACAUUGAUAAAAAGCAGAGAGUCUCACAUUUUUUGCAGGGGUCAGGUAAAUGGGUGCCAUGGUCAGAGGACAUUAAGGACACACCUCCCAUCCCUAAAGAGGCCAUGUUUAACGAGAUCAUCGUACCAACCAUUGACACUGUCCGCUACAAUGCCCUGAUGCAGAUGAUGGUCCUGCACAACAAACCCUGCUUGUUUGUUGGACCCACAGGCACUGGCAAAAGCUGCUACAUAACUGUAAGUUGUCUCCCUUGUACUGAGAGAUAAUCAGCACACUUAACUUUUUUUAUUUUUGAGUGAAGUUAAUCCUUUUUUUUAAUUUAAAAAUUAAUAGUUGUGAAAAAAAUUAAGAUUUUUAAGAAGUAGUCAAGACUAUUCUUCUGUCCAGCAGAAACUUUUUGAAACUGUUGGCAUGACUCGUUUAAUGUCCAAAAUUAAUAAAACAUUUAUUGUUAUGUGUGCAUUAGUUUGGUUUUGUUUACUUUAACUCAGAAAUAUCUCUGUAUUUCUACCGUUACGUUUCCUUGUUUAAAUGAUGCACUGUAUAUGUCUGAGUUAAAUUGCCCUCUGAUGGCAUGAGUUAAAGUGCCCCCUGAUGGCAUGAGUUAAAGUGCCCUCUGAUGGUAUGAGUUAAAGUGCCCUCUGAGUGUACUUUAUAAACUUUGAGUAUGCCUUUCAUAAGACUUGAAUCAAUUUUUUUUUUAAUUUACUUUUUCUUUGAAAUCUAAAUCUAUGAAAUUAUUAGUUGGCAAUGAAGAUGUUCAAUAUAAAUUUAUAUCCAAACAAGUAAUGUUAAAUGUAUGUAUUACAGUUUUAUAUACUUGAACAUUUGGCCAUCACCCUUUUUAUCUGAACAACUAAACAUUACCUUAAACUGCUAUAUGCAAUAGAAGUGGAUAGAUUCAAAAUCAUAUCAAUGUUAUAGAUAUUUUUUUUACUAUUAAUCUUUUGUAUUUUCUGUAUUUGUAGGACUUCCUUCUGAACAAACUGAACAAAGAUGUCUACAAACCAAACAUUGUUAACUUCUCUGCACAAACCAGUGCAAACCAGACCCAGAACAUCAUCAUGUCCAAGCUGGACAGAAGGAGGAAGGGAGUCUUUGGUCCGCCACUAGGCAAAAAAGCUGUGAGUAUUAAAUUAAUUAGGCACAAAUAAUUGCUGUAAUUAAAACUGUUAGGUUAAGAUUUAAUUAUAGGACAAAUAAUACAAAUUUUAACAAUAAAAUGAUGGUCUGAAUUUAAAUUUAAUUACAAUGUGUCCUACAUAUUUAAUAAAAGGAGAUUUUAAAAAAGGUGAUUUUAAAGCAGAUUAAAAUUGUGGGAAUAUUUAAAUUAUUGGUAAUUUUUUAAAAUCUUUAAGGACAAAGACUAAGGAUUUCAAAUGAUUUUUCAAAUACUUGUAAAUUGAUUUGUAACCAUUUUAUAAAUGUAUUUGCAUUAAAAUAGCUGAAACAAAUACUAACCAAAAAAAUAUUAAGAAAAACUGGAUCAGUGUACAAAAAAAAAGUUUUUUUUUCUUAUUGCAGAUUGUGUUUGUUGAUGAUUUAAACAUGCCAUUACAAGAAACGUAUGGAGCCCAACCACCCGUUGAGCUGUUGAGACAGUGGCUAGACCACUGGAACUGGUAUGACCUGAAGGACACAUCCAGUAUCAAAUUGAUUGACAUUCAGUUCAUGGGGGCCAUGGGACCGCCAGGUAAUUCUUAGAUUCUUGACUUGUUUUCAAGUAAACUUUGAACUCUCAAAUAUUGCUGACAGAGCUAAGGCACGGGAGAAAACUAAAUUUUCAAGGAAUAGACAUAUAUUUUCUCUUUAAUAGGAAGUCAGGAUUUAAAAAAACUGCUAUUCCCUUAAUAAUAUCUAUAUUUUUUAGAAUAUGUAUAUUUACUUAUAAGCUAGCUUGUCUCCUGACUAAAUAAAGCUAUUGCUAAGAAAAUUUCCUUGGAUUUUUUCAUCAGGUGGUGGCCGCAACCCAGUGACUCCAAGAUUCCUGCGUCACCUCAACACCGUGACAAUCAAUGAGUUUGACGAUGACACCAUGGUGACCAUCUUCAAAAGCAUCAUGGACUGGCACAUCACAGCCAAGUGAGUUGGAUAGAAUGGGUCCAGUUAAAACCCAUAUUCUGGGUCCUUGAAAUUAAGUCUACAACAUAAACUAGAUUUGAAUUGAAAGUAAAAAUGUGGCCUACCAACAAAUUGACCUUAUUUUUAAUGCACUUUUUAUAAUUUAAAAAAAAAAACAAAGUAUUGGUCAUUUCUUUGAUUUCUAUUUUUUUUUUUUUUACAAUUCUACAUUUUUGUUGUCUUGCAUGAUGUCAUUUCUUGAGUCUGACUUUUUUUUGUAGUUUGAUAUAAUUUUAAAAUUUAAAAAAAAAAAACAAAGUAUUGGUCAUUUCUUUGAUUUCUAUUUUUUUUUUUUUUACAAUUCUACAUUUUUGUUGUCUUGCAUGAUGUCAUUUCUUGAGUCUGACUUUUUUUUGUAGUUUGAUAUAACAUAAUAAGAUUCUGGAUCAAUGUUGUAAACUGUUUCCAUGUUGUUGGUUUCUUACAGGGGAUUCAGCAAUGAGUUCAAGCCGUGUGCUGAGCAGGUUGUGCAUGGAACACUCCAAGUCUACAAGGAGGCAUUGCAGAAUCUCCUGCCCACACCAGCCAAGUCCCAUUACCUCUUCAACUUGAGAGAUUUCUCAAGAGUUAUCCAGGGUGUUUUGUUGUCUACACCAGACACAAUGGAGGAGCCGACUUCCAUGAAAAGGUUGUGGGUACAUGAGGUAAGGCAAUGUCAGAUAAAUGUACACAAGGUUAUGUUUAAAUAAAAGUUUCCGGUACAAGAUAUUGGGAGAAAGGGAAUAAUGUGUAUUGAUAUAACAAUUGAGUUUAAAAACGUCUUAAAUGUUAAGUCUGCCAAGAUAUGCCUGCAUACAGGUGUAAAUAUCUUUCCUAAUGUUCAUGUGUAGGGAAGCAAGGAGGUUAUGUUUUGAUCCUAGGAAAUAACAUGUCCUUAACUUCACGAACUAAUAUCAUCAAUUUUUGUCAAUUUAAUUAUUAUUUAUGAUAUUAAAUUUAUUGCAAUCUUAUGCCCUUAUUUGUUUAAAUUAAAUGAUUAGGUUGCUCUGUUGAAUUUUUUUAGCUUUUUGUCAUUCUAAAUCAAAACUCUCUAGCUCCAUAUUAUAAUUUAUAGGUGUUCAGAGUUUAUUAUGAUCGUCUUGUUGACGAUGGUGAUCGUGACUGGUUGUUCAAGAGCACCCGUGAAAUCAUAAAGGACAAAAUGCGUGAAGACUUUGAUCACAUAUUCAGUCAUCUUGACUCAGACAGUGAUGGGAAGGUAACUGUGAGCCUUUCAGUCAUUUUAAAUUAUUUCAUUCCCAGCUAAUUUUAGAAUUUAGCCCUUUUUUAAUUUAAUUUUCUUUUAAAAAGCAUUUGUGACAAUUGUAAGAAUGUAAAUAUGAAGUAUAAAAAAAAAAUUUAAUUUAGCAAAAUUGAAGUUUAAAAAAAUGAAAUAUUAAUAAGGAGGAGGCAAUAAUAAUAAUGAGGCAUUUAAUUUUUAAAAUUUUAUUUACCAAAAUUUAGGUGACAGAGGACGAUCUCCGAUCCCUCUUGUACUGUGACUUCUCUGACCCCAAAUCAGAUUCUCGCAGCUAUACAGAAGUUCGUGAUCUAGAGAACUUGCGACACAUCACUGAAGGAUAUCUUGAAGAGUUUAACAACAUGAGCAAGAAACCUAUGAACCUUGUACUGUUCAGGUAGAUAAACAAUUUGGCUUUAAUUUACAAUCCAAAAACAAUACCGCUUUUAUUUACAUCCAGAUUUUAACUUUAAGUUUUUCUUUUUAAGCCAUCCAAUUUAACAAUUUUUCUGCAUUUGAAUAUCUGUUUAUAAUUCUGAAUUAUUCAUCUCGUAAAAAAAAAAACUCAUGUAGGUUGAACAAUUUUGUAACAUUAAAUCUCUCAUUACAUACCUUGUUUGCAUUAAAUCUCCCAUGAUGACCCUUGUUUGCAUUAAAUCUCCCAUGAUGACCCUUGUUUGCAUUAAAUCUCCCAUGAUGACCCUUGUUUGCAUUAAAUCUCCCAUGACAUCCCUUGUUUGCUUUAAAUCUCCCAUGAUGACCCUUUUUUUGCAUUAAAUCUCCCAUGACAUCCCUUGUUUGCAUUAAAUCUCCCAUGAUGACCCUUGUUUGCAUUAAAUCUCCCAUGAUGACCCUUGUUUGCAUUAAAUCUCCCAUGAUGACCCUUGUUUGCAUUAAAUCUCCCAUGAUGACCUUUGUUUGCAUUAAAUCUCCCAUGAUGACCCUUGUUUGCAUUAAAUCUCCCAUGACAUCCCUUGUUUGCAUUAAAUCUCCCAUGAUGACCCUUUUUUUUGCAUUAAAUCUCCCAUGACAUCCCUUGUUUGCAUUAAAUCUCCCAUGACAUCCCUUGUUUGCAUUAAAUCUCCCAUGAUGACCCUUUUUUGCAUUAAAUCUCCCAUGAUGACCCUUGUUUGCAUUAAAUCUCCCAUGACAAAUCUUCUUUAAGGUUCGCUAUCGAGCAUGUGUCCAGGAUAGCCCGCAUCAUCAAACAGCCAAGAAGUCACGCCCUCCUGGUUGGAGUGGGUGGAUCUGGUCGCCAGUCACUGACCAGGCUGGCCACACACAUGGCUGAUUAUGAUCUCUUCCAGGUUGGCCUUAUUCAUACAUCUCUUUUGAUCUUUUAAUGAAUGCAAGUGUACAAGGAACAAAAUGAUAACAAGUUGUUUGAUAAUGCAUUCGUUUAUGUUUAGUAACCUUGUUACAGAAGGUUUCAUGUUGCAUUUUGUAGGUUAGUAGAAAGAUUUUAGCUAUGUAUAUAAGUUUGAAUUUCAAACUUUUGCAACAAAAUGUAGAUUGGAAAUGGUAUUAUUUGAUCAUUACUUUAUCUAUGUUUACAUGUAACACAAUGUUUGGAAGAUGAUUGUCUUGAAAUUUUAAUUAAUUAUGUUAACUUUAUUGUUAAAAAAUUUUACAGGUUUUUUCAUCACUGAUGUUUAUGUUUUCUUCUUUCUAACAUUACCUCUUGUGUUCUUGUGUUUCCUUCUUUCUAACCUUACUUCUUGAAUUUCUCAUGUCUUUUUCUUUCUUUUUGUGUUCAGGUCGAGAUCUCUAAGAGCUACACAACAACUGAGUGGCGUGAAGAUUUGAAGAGAAUUUUACGUAAAUCAACAGAAACAGAAAACCAUGCUGUCUUCCUGUUUUCAGAUACUCAGGUUAGCUCAGUCAGCCAAUAUAUGAGACAUAAGUUUAUAACUUUCUAAUGGAUGAUGGAGGCCUUUUUUUUGAAAUAUUUAUUCUGUUUAACUAUAUGAUUUAUAAAUGAAGAUACUUUUUUUGGUGGCCAUGUUGCAUGAGGUAAUUAGACUUAACUAAACACAUCUGGUGAGCAUGAGAAAGUGCACAGACUUUAGAUAGUGAAUAUUCUUUAAUAUAAAUUAAUUAUGCUGGCUAGAAAUCUGAUAUCGAAUUAAUGAGAAUCCACAGUCCUUAAAUAAUGUGUUUAAUAUUGAAAGCUGCAUCACCUCAUCUUUACUGAGGAAGUUGAAGUUUUGUCCAUUGAAGAAGCUGAGGUAAAAAUGUCACCCAAUUGUUAGCAGCCAUCACUGACUUCAGUACAUUUUUUAUCUCUUUAAAUAUUUUUUUUAUGUUGAAGGGAUCACAGAUUAUUCAGUUCUCAAUGCAUUAUAAUUUUUUAAAGUCAAUUUUAGUCUUUGUUGUGGUAAGUGUGUCACAUUGUAAGUUAAAAUUCACACAGUUUUUCAGAUUUCAAUACCUUAUAUUUCAAAUGCAAUAUAUCUAAGUCUAUUGUGCUAACUUUUUUUUUCAAAAGCCUUUUAAAUAUUUUUAUCUAAGAGAAAACCAUUUAAUAUUAUUUGUUUUAUUUUUUGUAUAAAUUGUAUCUAUGGCUUAUAUCACUUGAUGAUUUAAAAGUCUUAUUCAUUAAAAAGAAAAUAUUUAUUUUUGCAAUUACAAUAGUGUGUACUUAUGUACUAAAUCAAGAUGUCAUUAAAUAACAACUAUUAUAAAUAAUAUUAAAAUAGCUUUCCAAAGCAAAUCUCACAAUUUAAUUACUUUAAGUAUUAUUUUAAUUAUUAGGCCUUUUAUUUUUUUUUUAAAUAUUUAAAGCUGUAUUGCAUUAAACAAUUAAAUGUAUCAAAAUUAAUCUUUGUAUUAAAUCAAGAAAAGUUAAUAUAAAAUACAUAACCCAAAAAAUGUCUUUUACAAUUUUUCUGUUCAAUAUUUUUUUAACAGAUUAAGCAAGAAUCUUUCUUAGAAGACAUCAACAACUUGCUGAAUGCUGGCGAGGUGCCAAAUCUUUAUCCAACAGAUGAGAAGGCUGAAAUCUGUGAAAAAAUGAGAACCAUUGACAGGUGAGAUUAAAUGACUGGGUCAGGCCACUAAUACUUUUAGUGUGCUUAUUUUGCAUCAUAGGCUUUGAUUAUAUGACACAAAGCCUUACCAGCUUGUACUAGGGGGAUCCUUAUUUAAUUUUUAAAAAUAAUUUUCAUUGGUACCCAACAUUUACAAUGAAAAAUUCUUCAUCUUUUUUAAAUGAAAUAUUUUAUUUUCUCACCUUCUUAAUGUUAUCUGUGGCCAGUUGUAAAAGUAAAUGAAUAAUUAUAUAAAUUAUAUAAUAAAGAUUUGAUUGAUAAUUUUUAAUCCUAAUAGACAACGGGACAAAACCAAACAAACGGAUGGAUCUAUUGUUGCAUUGUUCAACCUAUUUGUCUCCCGUGUCAGAGACCAGCUCCAUAUUGUCUUGGCCAUGAGUCCUAUAGGGGAUGCAUUCCGAAAUCGCUUAAGAAAAUUUCCCUCUUUAGUUAACUGUUGUACUAUUGAUUGGUUUCAGGUCAGUAUGUUAUAUAACUAUAAAUAUUUCAUAUUUUCCUUUUGUAUUUACUCUACUGUAAUUUGUUUCAAAUAUAAAAUCAUUUUUUAGGGCUUUGAAAUAUAAAUGACAUAAAUAAAGUUUAUGCAAAAUUUCCUUGAAGCCAAAUUUUAGAUUUUCAUUUAAAUAGACUUAAACAGGGAAUAAGAUCAAAUUAACUUAACAUUACACAUUAUUUGGUACAUAUCUUAUUAAUAUAGAGCUGGCCUGAAGAUGCCCUGCAAGCUGUAGCCUCCCGUUUCCUAGAGGAGAUUGACAUGGGUGAGGAGGAAAAGGCUGGAUGCAUUAAGAUGUGCAAGCAUUUCCAUACAUCAACCAGAGAUGUGAGUUGAGUUUUAUUUUUCCAAACAUCAACAUCUGACCAUGGGAUAAUUUAUGUUAACUUAAUAUUAUUUCUUUGAAUAUUUAAGUUAUCCUAGCCCACACAGUGUAAAAAAAAACUCCUUAAAAUUUCUACAUAAACUUUUCCAUGCACUUUUCAGACCACAUCCAAACCAUCAUUUCAAAUGUGUCUUUAGUACAUUUGUCCCUGAAUGAGUUGUUAGAUUGUAAAAAUUGAGCUGGUCACAAAUAACUAGGCAAAUAAAAGAAUGUAUAAUCAUAAUUUAUGUAUGAAAAUGAAAUUUUAUUUUUUAAAAUUUUGUUAAAAUAUUUUUAUUGUCAAUAACCACUUCUAGCUGGCCUAUUAAAUUUAUGGAAGUAAAACACAUUUGAUUAUCAUCAUAUAUAUUUAAUAUGAUGAUAAACUGAUGUUUUACUAUGAGCAGCCAAAAGUAUAGAUAAUCACAAAUAAAUUAAUAAUUCUAUUCUUGUUGCAGGUAUCAGAAAAGUUCCUAAUUGAACUGGAACGGCACAACUAUGUCACCCCAACCUCAUACCUGGAGCUGAUCAGUACAUUCAAAUCUUUACUGGACAGAAAGAGAGAGUAAGAAAAAUUAUAUCUAGUUUAAGUUAGACUAGAGAACUUCACAUCAAUCCUAUGUUUAUAAGAAGUUGAGCUUGGGACAUUUCAUGACUUUUCAAAUCCCCUCUCCCAUUUUUUUUAAAUUUUAUUUGUCUUGAAUACAAAAUUAAAUAAUUCAUUCCACAAAGAGUAAUUAUAUAUCAUCAUAAUGUAUGUAUGCUAUCACUGGUCUCUUUGCCAAUGCACUGACUCAUUACUUGAAUGCUUCUGCCAGAGAGGUCAUGAGGCAGAAGAAGAGAUAUGAAGUCGGUCUGGAGAAACUUGACUCAGCAUCCUCCCAGGUGUCGGUCAUGCAGAAGGAGUUGACUGACCUCCAGCCUCAGCUUGUCGUGGCAUCCAAGGAGGUCUCUGAGAUUAUGAUUGUCAUUGAGAAGGAGUCCAUUGAAGUUGCCAAGGUUGAGAAGGUCAGUGGAGCAUUUCAUCCAUUUUGUUAUGUUAAAUUAUUAUUGUUGUUAUUAUUAGGUGGUUUUAUAUAGGGCAGAACCCCAGCCUAGGGCUGGGCUCACUGGAGUACCCUGCCUAGGGCUAAGCUCACUGCAGUACCCUGCCUAGGGCUAAGCUCACUGCAGUACCCUGCCUAGGGCUAAGCUCACUGCAGUACCCCAGCUUAGGGCUAGGCUCACUGCAGUACCCCAGCCUAGGGCUAAGCUAACUGAAGUACCCCAGCCUAGGGCUAAGCUCACUGCAGUACCCCAGCCUAGAGCUAAGCUAACUGCAGUACCCCAGCCUAGGGCUAGGCUCACUGCAGUACCCAGGCCUAGGGCUAGGCUCACUGCAGUACCCAAGCCUAGGGCUAGGCUCAAUGCAGUACCCCAGCCUAGGGCUAGGCUCACUGCAGUACCCCAGCCUAGGGCUAGGCUCACUGCAGUACCCCAGCCUAGGGCUAGGCUCACUGCAGUACCCAGGCCUAGGGCUAGGCUCACUGCAGUACCCCAGCCUAGGGCUAGGCUCAAUGCAGUACCCCAGCCUAGGGCUAGGCUCACUGCAGUACCCCAACCUAGGGCUAGGCUCACUGCUGUACCCCAGCUUAGGGCUAGGCUCAAUGCAGUACCCCAGCCUAGGGCUAGGCUCACUGCAGUACCCCAACCUAGGGCUAGGCUCACUGCUGUACCCCAGCUUAGGGCUAGGCUCACUGCAGUACCCCAGCCUAGGGCUAGGCUCACUGCAGUACCCCAGCCUAGGGCUAGGCUCACUGCAGUACCCCAGCGUAGGGCUCGGCUCACUGCAGUACACCAGCCUAGGGCUAGGCUCACUGCAGUACCCAAGCCUAGGGCUAGGCUCAAUGCAGUACCCCAGCCUAGGGCUAGGCUCACUGCAGUACCCCAGCCUAGGGCUAGGCUCACUGCAGUACCCCAGCUUAGGGCUAGGCUCACUGCAGUACCCCAGCUUAGGGCUAGGCUCACUGCAGUACCCCAGCUUAGGGCUAGGCUCACUGCAGUACCCCAGCCUAGGGCUAGGCUCACUGCAGUACCCCAGCCUAGGGCUAGGCUCACUGCAGUACCCCAGCCUAGGGCUAAGCUCACUGCAGUACCCCAGCUUAGGGCUAGGCUCACUGCAGUACCCCAGCUUAGGGCUAAGCUCACUGCAGUACCCCAGCUUAGGGCUAGGCUCACUGCAGUACCCCAGCCUAGGGCUAGGCUCACUGCAGUACCCCAGCCUAGGGCUAGGCUCACUGCAGUACCCCAGCCUAGGGCUAGGCUCACUGCAGUACCCCAGCCUAGGGCUAGGCUCACUUCAGUACCCCAGCCUAGGGCUAAGCUCACUGCUGUACCCCAGCUUAGGGCUAGGCUCACUGCAGUACCCCAGCCUAGGGCUAAGCUCACUGCAGUACCCCAGCCUCGGGCUAGGCUCACUGCAGUACCCCAGCUUAGGGCUAGGCUCACUGCAGUACCCCAGCCUAGGGCUAAGCUCACUGCACUUUACAUAAAAAUUAGCAAUUACAGAAAAUUCUGCAUUUAAAAAGAGCAAUUGAUGAAGAGCUUGAGCGUUGUUAUCAGAGGAGGGUGAGAAUGAGUCGGUAUAGUACAGUCUGAAGAGAUGGGUGUUGAGGGCAGUUUGGAAGUGGAGUCGGUAUAGUACAGUCUGAAGAGAUGGGUGUUGAGGGCAGUUUGGAAGUGGAGUCGGUAUAGUACAGUCUGAAGAGAUGGGUGUUGAGGGCAGUUUGGAAGUGGAGUCGGUAUAGUACAGUCUGAAGAGAUGGGUGUUGAGGGCAGUUUGGAAGUGGAGUCGGUAUAGUACAGUUUGAAGAGAUGGGUGUUGAGGGCAGUUUGGAAGUGGAGUUGAAGCUGAACUUGACAUGGCAGAUGUCAUUUAAAUGAAAAAUACUUUGUGGUGUGAAUUUUGAGUAUAUAAAAUUACCUGCCAACCCCAUGGAGUUAAAAAUUUGUACAGGUCCAAGAAAUGAAAGUAUGCUAUUCAACUGAACUUCAUAGUUGUGAUGUAGGUCAUGGGUGGGAAACCUUUUGGUAAUAUUUUGCCUUAGUAGUAUGUCUCUAUGAGUUUAUCUGCUCUAACAUAUUUUUACAUAGUAAUGGAGAAUUAUUUUAUGGUCUUCCACGUUCAAUUGAAAAUCACCCAGCAGGCCAUGACAUACCAAUCUAUGAUGUGGUAUUCCUCACUUAUUAUUAUUUUUAAACUGCUGGUCACUGGAACACAGAUCAUUCAGGAGGACAUUUAUUUAGCAAUAACUCAGAGAAUUUCUCCUGCUGCAAAGAUUGGCUUAUGUUCAAUCUAUGAUUUUGAAUAACUUUGUGAUAUGUUUUUAGGAUAUUUAUCCAUGGUGAAAAACAGAAACUUGGGUAAUGGGUGACCCAGACCAUGAGAAUGAUAUCCUAUCCUCUUGCGGUUUUUAAUGGGAAAUGUUUUUGUUUUGUAUAGGUUGUUAAAGCCGAUGAGGCUAUAGCCAAUGAACAAGCCAGGGCUGCCCAGGCCAUCAAAGAUGAAUGUGACUCUGACCUGGCUGAAGCUCUGCCCGCCCUGAAUGCUGCACUGUCAGCUCUGGAUACUUUGACUCAACAGGUGGGUGUGGUCUGAAAUACUUAAGUGCUUGUGAUUUUGAGCACACCGUGUGGAUGCCAAAUGUGGCAAGUGUGUUUGAUGUAGUUUGUUACAACCAUGGUAGGACUGAUCUUAAAGCUCGAAAAAUAAAAUUGGUUGAUUUUAAAAUAUUAUCCAUGGAAAAAUUGUAUUUCAAAGCUUGUAACAUGACUUUCCAUGCAUUUUUUCUCACAUAGGACAUAACUAUAGUCAAGUCCAUGAAAUCUCCCCCGUAUGGUGUACGCCUUGUGAUGGAGAGUAUCUGUGUGCUCAAGGGAGUAAAGCCAGAUCGUAUCCCUGAUCCAUCUGGAUCUGGCAAGAAAAUUGAAGAUUUCUGGGGGCCAUCAAAAAAACUUCUUGGUGACAUGAAGUUCUUGGAAAAUCUGCACACUUUUGAUAAGGUCAGUAGUUGCCUCUCACUGAUUCACGUUUUUGUUAAGAAUAUAGUUAUAUUAUGACAAUAAUUAUUGAAGCUGACUUCAACCAGGCACUGACUCUAAAGCACAGGUUUGAUCAGUUAUAUUGACUUUACUGUAUAUAUAUAUAUAUAUAUAUAUAUAUAUAUAUAUAUAUAUAUAUAUAUAUAUAUAUAUUCAGGACAAUAUAUCAUCUGUCUACAUAAAUAAAAUAAAGACAACAUACACACUACAACUACAAUCUUACCCAGAUANGGUCAGAGCCAUGGACACAUAUGACAAGUGAGUUUAAAAAAAUAAUAGUUUGUUAUAUAUAAUCCUGCAGACAUUGAAAAUGCUAAUAAGCACUGGAUAAGAGUAGUAAACAAUUUUUUUAGAGCCAGACUUUAUUCUUCUCAGGAAGAGGUAUGAUGGAUAUUUUUGUGAUUAUAAAUAACUAUGAGACUAAGCAAUUUAUAUUUAUAUAUAUAUAUAUAUAUAUAUAUAUAUAUAUAUAUAUACUGGUUAUAAUUUGUCAAACAAUGGUGACGAUGUGUGAACUUCUCAUCUAAAAAAGUUGCUUGACAAAACAUGCACUCAAGUAGGGCACUUUAUAAAAAUACCAAUUUGCACUAUAACACUUACCCUUCCUUCACCAGGAUUCGCCACCGCAAAGCUUAUUCAUGGUCCUGAGCUAUGCAAAUAUAUUGAUGUCCCACCUUUUACACCGAAGAUCUAUUACAGCAUAUUUAAAUUGGGACUAUUUCCCUAAUAAUACCCACCAAAUGUAUAAUUUUAAGAAUUUCCUUUAUCUCAUUUAUCUGGAUUUUAUGUAGAAAAAUAUCUCAAUAAAUAGCCCAAAAUUUAAUGUGAGUUAACCCUUCAGGACUUUAUUUUAAUAUUCAUUAUGUUAAGAGAAAAAAAAGAGAGCAUGUUUAUUUAAAAAUUAGCAAAAUAAUAGUCACUAAAGAAUUUUAAUGUAUUUGAACAAUUUGAGUAAUACAUACACAUUGUCAUCAAUCAUUGCAGAGUAGCUAAAGUUGUGGCACCAAAGAAAGAGUCUUUGAAGAAAGCUGAGGGAGAACUUGCAGUUGCCAUGGCAUCACUGGAGAAGAAGAGAGCUUCUCUGAGGGAAGUGCAGGUAAGUUGGACAGAUGUAUACAUUAUUUUAUUUUUUUUGCAUAAUAUACAAAAUUAUUAUAAAACAACUGUCUAUUAGUCUAUAUCAUGAAAUUUAUCUUUUAAAUGCACCAGACUUGAGAUUUCUUUAUGUUAUCCUUUUGUUGACACUUCUUCAUGCUUGUAAAAAGUAUUUUAUCACUAAAAAUGUAUUUGUUUGUGUAAUAGAUUUAGGUGGUAAAGAGAGCUUACAAAUUUUUGAGAGGGUCACCAAUUUUUAAAAUGUUUUUAAUCUCCUUGCACAUUUUAAUAAUUGAUUUACAAUUAUUUAAAAAAAAAAAGAAUCACUUUUGAUGUGUAGUAAUUUUUUUUUUAAAUUUGUUUGUCACACUUUCACGGGGAAGCAUUUACGUAUGAUACUUUUUUAUUCCAGGAAAAACUCAACAAACUCCAGCAAAAACUCGAGUCUAAUAAGGCCAGAAAGGCAGAACUUGAAAAUGAGGUUGAUCUCUGCACCAAGAAACUGGCCAGGGCUGAGCAGUUGAUUGGUGGAUUAGGUGGUGAGAGAGACAGGUAAAUCUAAAUGUGGGAUUUAUUAUUAUUAUUAUUAUAAUUGGUUUUAUAUAGCAUGGUACCCCAGCCUAGGGCUGGGCUAACCACGCUGUACAUACAAUUUAACAAAUGUAAUCCAAAAACUUAAAAAAUUAAUUGACAUACAUUAAUUAAAUAAAACAAAACAAUUUAGUGAUUAUCAGAAUGACAAUUGACUUCUUUAUAGAUAUUUUUUUUUUUUAAUUCAUAAGCAUCAAACAUAAAAAAAAGAAUUUUGUAGAAUGAAAUGAAUAUUUGAUUUCAAACAGGUGGAGUCAAGCUGCUAAAGAUCUAGGCAAGAAAUAUAUCAACCUGACAGGUGACGUCCUGGUCUCCUCUGGCAUUGUUGCUUACCUUGGAGCAUUCACUACAGCUUUCCGACAGGUAAGUGAUGCAUCACAAAUAUGUCAGCUCUAGAAUGCAUAGCUUUUCAAAUAUGUGUAAUAUACAGUCAGGAUGAAAGCAGUUUCCAAACCAGAGGUAUGUACCAGUUCAACAUUUUAUAGGUGUGUGCCAUAUUAUUUAUGAGAUAAGAUGUGUCCCCAAGAAUAUUUGUUUGAUCAAAAAUACAUUUUUUUAAAUAUCUUGGGAUAGUAGAAUGAAAUAUAGAAACUAAUGCUAUUUGAUGUACAAUAAUCGCAUAGUGUUUUAUUUAGUGAAUAGUGAUCAAAUAAAGAUGUUUUUUUCUUUGGGGGCUGGGGGUGGACUGUAAAUGAGAGUGGUGAAAAUGUAUUCACAUUGUGUUGUAACAAUUGAUCCCCAUUAGGAAACAGCCCAUGACUGGCUGAAAACUGUACAGGAAAACAACCUGCCAUGCUCCAGUGACUUCAGCCUCAUCAACACUCUGGGGGAACCAGUCAAGAUUAGGGAAUGGAAUAUUGCUGGCUUACCAACUGAUAACUUCUCUUUAGAGAAUGGUAUCAUCAUCAGGUAAGCAGGGCUAGUGGAGUUGAAUCACCUCAAGGUUUGGAGAAAAAAGUAUUUAGGUCCCUACAUUUUCAGUGCCAGAUUGUGACACAAAUAUUUUCUAUAAUUUUAAAUAAUAACUUUUUGAUUGUAUUGAAGUCUUAUGUUUAUAUUGUUGUUGGUUUUUUUUUUAUUUUAUUUAUUAUUUUUAUGGAUGGCUACCUAACAUUGCCCNGAUUAAUUGGAUAAUAAAAUUUUAGACAAAAAUAGACAAAAAAAUUUUAUUAAAGUAAAGAGAAAAUAAAGAGAAAGUAACUAAGUUGAUGUCCGGUCCGUUCGUUCACCAUACAAAUACGCUACAGUAAAUUAAAACUACAUUAAAACAUUACUAAAAAAAUUUUGCCCCCCCCAGAAAGUUAAUCGAUUCCCCCCCCUCUCCCCCCUAGGAAGUUUUCUGCGGGCGCCCAUGCUACCUAAUAUUUACUUUAAAUAUGAAUCAUUAAGUUGAUAUGUUUAUGAGAUUUGUUUGUCAAUUGAAAAGAAAUGCAUUUCCUACUAUCAUGUAAAAAUCUGGCAAUUAAAAAAACACAUGAAACAAGCUGGUACAAGACAUUACUGCAUUUGUCCUUUAAUCUUCAGUGACUUAACAAUAUCCAAGAAAUCCUAUGUCAAAUAUUGCUCCUAAAAAUAAUGAAAUGAUUUCUCUCCCAGUAACGCUCGCAGAUGGCCCUUAAUGAUUGACCCACAGGGUCAAGCCAACAAGUGGGUCAAGAACAUGGAAAAGGCCAAUAACCUGCAUGUGAUCAAACUCAGUGAUGCUGACUUUGUCAGGACCUUGGAGAACUGUAUCCAGUUUGGUACACCAGUAAGUAGUGUGUUUGUCAAUCCAAGGGCAUGUUUAAACAACAAUUAUACUAUCUUAUCCACCUUUUGGGGUUUUUUUUCUAAUGGGUCUUUAGUCUUACCAUUUGGUUAGAGAGUUAGUUGUUCUUUUUUAAAGUUAAAAGCUCAUGAAACUAUUUCCAGCGGUGAGCUCUCUGGUAAAAAAAAACCUCAAGUAGAUCUUCAUCAUAUCUUAAGCAGAUAUGCACUAACCAAGGAAUCGGAAAUUGUGUCAUACUCAUAUUUUCUGUUUUUUUUUUUUUAGUUUAAAUGUAAAAAUUUUUUACAAAUAUACAUCUAAUUUAAAUUACUACAAAGAAGUGGGAACCAUGUUUUUUUCUACUAGAAGAAAGAUGUAAUUUGAAUGACUUCUAUUUGAGAGCAAUUUUUGGUAUGCAUAAAAACUAAAUUAAUAAUUUAAAAGGCUAUGUUAGUAAAAAAAAAAUAUAUCUAUAUCUUAUGCUCAAAAUCUACCUUUUGGUCUAAUUUUGUUCCUUUAUUUGUCAGGUUUUGCUAGAAAAUAUUGGUGAAGAACUUGACCCCAUUUUGGAGUCACUCCUGCUGAAGCAGACAUUCAAACAAGGUGGAAGUUUGUGCAUCAAGCUGGGAGAUUCCACCAUUGAAUAUUCCAGUGAUUUCAAGUUCUACAUCACCACCAAACUCAGGAAUCCACACUACCUCCCUGAGACUGCUGUAAAGGUAAAUUUGAGGCUAGGCAAAUGUUCAUUCAAGUCAACACAUUUCAUAGGGAUCUUCAUUUAUGUAUUAAUGGCUAACCACCUUUUUUUUCAAAUUUGCCUUUAAUGUACAUCUUAAUCAUAGCUAUACAAUUACAAUCAAACAACCAAAUAAAAUAAACAUAUUCAUACAUUUGUCCACCAUUCAUUAAUUCAAUUUAAAAUAUGGAUGAAAUCGGAAUGAUGUAAACCAUCAAUAGUUUGUUGAAAAUAGAUACUGUUAUGAAUGAUUUUUUAUUGAGAGCAAAGCACCACUUUACCUGACCCAUCUUCUACUGGCUAUAUAUAUAUAUGUCAUAUGCCUCUUGUUGAUCGAGUUCAUCUGAAUUGUCAAAUGUGUGUCUCCCUGUCCAGGUGACCUUGCUGAACUUUAUGAUCACACCAGAGGGCUUGGAGGAUCAGCUGCUUGGCAUUGUUGUUGCUAAGGAGCGCCCAGAGCUGGAAGAAGAGAAGAAUCAGCUCAUCUUACAGAGUGCAGCCAACAAGAAGUAAAAAAUGUUUUAUUUAUUUUAUAUUUUAGUGACCUAAUAUGGUGGCAUAAUAUAGUGGACUGAUAUAGUGGCCUAACAUAGAGGCCUAAUAUAGGGGCCUAAUAUGGUGGCCUAAUAUAGAGGUCUAAUAUAGAGGCCUAAUAUAGAGGCCUAACAUAAUGACCUAAUAUAGUGGGCUUAUAUAGUACGCAAUCAUCAUUUAUUUAGUAUUCUUUAAGGCAUUAAAAAAAGAAUUCAUUAACCAUGUUCAGUAGUAUCAUACUGUUCUUUUCCUUUCAGUAGUAUCAUACUGUUCUUUUCCUUUCAGUAGUAUUAUACUGUUAGUUUCCUUUAGCUUUUAGCAUAGAGCUUAAAAAACAGGAAAAGGAUUUAUAUAGGCCUAUUAACUAAAUUGUUAUUUAGAAGACCAAAGUUGUGUCUGUUUGAAUUAUAUGAUUACAUGUGCUUUGUUUAUAUAACUUACUGUUAUUUUAAUUUAUUUAUUUCCCUCCAUUCUCAUCAUGGUUUUAUACCACUAAUUACUUGAUAAAAAUUAAUAAAAAUGUACAGUUAAAAAAAUUCAAAGCCCAACAACAUUUAAACAAAAAGAAACUUUUUUUGAUUGAUAAGAUUUUAAUUUUUGAAAAGCCUUUUGAUGUUGUAACCAAAUCAGAAAUCACUCAUACAGUACACUAGUCAGUGUGUGAUGGUUAACUUCUUCAAUUCAUUUUACCAGGCAACUCAAGGAAAUAGAAGACAAGAUUCUAGAGGUCCUGUCCUCAUCAGAGGGCAAUAUUCUAGAAGAUGAAACAGCCAUCAAAGUUCUCUCCUCUUCUAAGAAACUGGCCAAUGAAAUUUCAGAAAAACAGGUUUGCAAAAUUGACAUUUUGUAUCUUUUCCUUUUUCUGACUUUAAGAAAUAACAAGUAUUUUUUAAGUAAGAAAGUAAAGAAAAGGAUAAAACGAAAUAGAAAUCUAAAAAAGAAUGAAUUUAAAAAAAUACAUCAAAAAGAUUAAAUAAAUAUGUAGGUACCUCAUUUAUAGAGUUACAGAUGGAAAUAUAAUUGUUAAGAAACAAAGUUACACAAUUUAAAGAAAUUCAGAACUAAUAUUUGUUUAUUUUUAUGGAGGAUGUGAAAAUUAACUACACUGAACAAUUUAGAUUGAAAAGUGAAUAUUUAUUCAAUUUUUUUUCCCAGUAAAUAAAAAGUUUGGAUGUAUUAUAUUUUAAACUGGUCUGAAUUGUUAAGGAAAAAAAAUUUCAGAUCUUUAAAAUGUGGAUCAAAUGAUAUUUUCAACAGGCAAUAGCUGAGGUAACAGAGAAGAAAAUUGAUACAGCUCGAAUGGGCUACAAACCUAUAGCCAUCCACAGCACCAUCUUGUUUUUCUCCAUCGCAGACCUGGCCAACAUUGAACCCAUGUACCAAUACUCUUUAACCUGGUUCAUCAAUUUGUUCAUUCUGUCCAUUGAAAAUGCUGAGAAGUCUGAAGAUCUGUCGCAGCGCCUUCAUUCUCUGCACACACACUUCACCUACUCACUGUACUGCAAUGUAUGCAGGUCUCUCUUUGAGAAGGACAAGGUCAGUUUGAGUGCAAAAGCUUUUAUUCAUUUAAAAACAAAAAUGACAUUAACGAAACUGUAUAUAAAAUGUAAGUUUAGGGUACACAACCAUUUUAAGCACAACAUGGUAAACAUCUUGUAACUAUUCACUCUGUUGUGUGUGGGGAAAACAGGUAAGAUAAUUAUCUAAAUUUAUUUACUAUAACACCUGUCACUGCCAGUUCUACAUAAAAUGAAUUCUCAAGUAUAACUUCACCCUAAGCACUUUAUUCACAUAAUAAAUAAUCCUUGGAACAAUAAUGAUAUCAGUAACAGCACAGGAUAUGCAUCCUCAAUAUAUAUAUCUAUAUAUAUAUAUAUAUAAUUUCCCUUCUUAUAUUGAUUAGUUAAAUGUAAACUGUACGUCCACCUUGUUCAAUUCAAUAUAUCUGCUCUCGUCAUCACACUUAUUUCACAAUUAAUCAGAUAGAAGAAUGACACACAACCUCCCAAUAUGGCGGCCUUCACCCUAUUCGUUAUUUCCAUAUAUUUGUGUGUCAUACUGUUUAACAUAUGUUGACUAAAAUACUUGUAUGUUCCAUUGGGAAACUGAUUGUGAGUUGAGUAUGCCAGAUUACCUCACCAUGCCCUAAAAACAAUCAUUGGCAUCUCUAAUAGUUUUUGAAGCUAAUUUAUUUUAUAAUACCUAGUCCACUAGGUGUCUACUAUAUUAUCAGUCCACUUGAUGUACAUUACAUUAUCAGUCCACUUGGUGUCUAUUGCAUUAUCUCUUGCAUGGAAAAAUAUGAGUUAAAUAGAAUAAUGGUCCAUUUAAGCUUAUCAGUUUCAUUAGUAUUUUACACAAAGAAACAGUCCUUUUUUUGUGUUUGUCUCCUUUAACCAAGCCAUCCAGUUAUGCUGCCAGGUUAUUGGAAUGUGAUAAUCGUGAUAGUUUAAUACAAGUUUUUUGUUUGUAAAAAUUUUGAUUAUUUUCACAUUUCUUUGUAGUAAUGAAUUUUAAAAAUAUUAAAAUAUGAAACUGACUCGAUUUGAGGAGUUUAAAUAUAAAGUUUGUAACAAAUAUUCAUGAUAAUUUUAGUCUCUUGUACACAUCAGUGUUAUUAUUAUCCUUUCUCAUGCUAUUUUAUAGCUUUAAAUGUUCCUAUUCCUUCCAACAAGUUGCUGUUCUCGUUCCUCCUCUGUGUCAACAUACAAAAACACAACAAAGAGGUCAAUGAGGAAGAGUGGCGGUUCCUGCUGACCGGCGGUAUCGGCCUUGACAACCCCCACUCCAACCCAACAGCAUGGCUGCCACCCAAAUCGUGGGAUGAGCUGUGCCGCUUGGAUGAGCUCGACAACUUCAAGGACAUCCGCAAGAAACUGAUGACUCAAAAAGAUCAGUGGAAGGUUCUGUAUGACAGCUUGGUGAGUGGAUGCUUCCAUGAGUAUAUUAAAUAUUAUAGCAUAGAUUAAUUUUUGAACAAGUGUUCAACACUCAUUAGGAUAUCAGUAAGGGAAUUAUUAUUUUUGUAAAUAUAUUUAGAGAGAAUUAAAAAAAAAAUUGUUUUAAAGUUGUUCCUUUAAAUAGGAACAUGAAAUAUUCACAGCAAAGAUCCCUAAUAUGAUGGUUUUGGGCACCUGGCACUAUGUGUUGGGCACCUUGCACUAUGUUUUUGGCAUCUCACACCAUGUGUUGGGCACCUGGUAUCAUGUAUUUGGCACCUGGCAUCAUGUAUUUGGCACCUGGCAUCAUGAAUUUGGCUCCUGGCAUCAUGUGUUGGGCACCUGGCAUCAUGUGUUGGGCACCUGGCAUCAUGUGUUGGGCACCUGGCAUCAUGUUUUGGGCACCUGGAAUCAUGUGUUGGGCACCUAGUACCAUGUGUUGGGCACCUUGCAGCAUGUGUUGGGCACCUGACACCAUUUAAUAAGUUUUCUUCUCUAAAAGAUUACUCUCAUAUUGAAACCUUUGGUACUACUACCAUACUAAUUUUAGGGAGUAUGUCAUAUAACUGUAUGUCAAAUAACUGUAUGUCAUAUAACUGUAUGUCAUACAACUGUAUGUCAUAUAACUGUAUGUCAAAUAACUGUAUGUCAUAUCACUGUAUGUCAAAUAACUGUAUGUCAUAUAACUGUAUGUCAAAUAACUGUAUGUCAUAUAACUGUAUGUCAUAUAACUGUAUGUCAAAGGACUGUAUGUCAUAUAACUGUAUGUCAUAUAACUGUAUGUCAUAUAACUGUAUGUCAUAUAACUGUAUGUCAUAUAACUGUAUGUCAAAUAACUGUAUGUCAUAUAACUGUAUGUCAUAUAACUGUAUGUCAAAGGACUGUAUGUCAUAUAACUAUGUCAUAUAACUGUAUGUCAUAUAACUGUAUGUCAUAUAACUGUAUGUCAUAUAACUGUAUGUCAUAUAACUGUAUGUCAUAUAACUGUAUGUCAUAUAACUGUAUGUCAUAUCCCAUUUCUUGUAAUAUUUAUAACCAUAAUAAACAAAAUUUUAACCCCGCUGGGCAUAUCUUAUUCAAAAUAAAAUAUUUCACUCUUCAUUUUUUUCAUUAGAAGAUUUUACACGCAUGGUUUGUUUUAGGAAUUUUUUUGUCAACUAUCAUCUUAACAUUAUUGUUAAUAAAUGUCUAAAUAAUUUACCUUUGCGGCCAAAAACUGUAUACCGGUAUCUGGAAAUUUUUGUAAAGACUAAUUAGAAAGUUUUACUAACAGGAACCCCAGCAUGAAAAACUUCCAGGAGACUGGGACCAGAAACUGGGAUCCUUCCAGAGACUUCUGGUGCUCCGCUGCUUCAGGCCUGACAAGGUAAUGUCCCCUUCAACUACAAUGUUGUUAUUUGUCUUAUUUUUUUUAAAAAGUCAUUACAAUUGUUUUAAAAUUUUAAAUACCUACUUUGAUUGAAAUACUUAACACCUGCUUUUUAAUUUAACACAAACAAACAAAACAAACAAAAAGCUUUCACUAACACUUGCAUUGCCACCUCUGUGCUGCCCAUCAAAGAACAAAAAAAUUAUUAGUGAAAUGUUAAUGGUUUUGCAUAUCCUUACACAUUAUGAAUUACUUUUCUUGUACCUUAGUGUACUUAGUGUACAUUUAAUAAUUUAAAUUAUGUGUGAGCAAUGAAAUGCAUAAACCAGAUAUUCCAAGGUAUACAAACGGAAUUCCACAAGUUAAAUAAAAAUGUUUGAAGUUUUUUUUUUUAAGAUGAAAACAAAUCAUUGCUCACACAAUAACAACUCUUUGUAUUGGUUUCCUAUUCUUAAUACCUUAAAUGGUGAGUCUCCUUAGCUUAAUCUGCAGCUGGUUUUAGAUUAUUUUUUUAAAACAUAUUUUAGGUGAUACCUGCUGUCCAAGAAUUUGUCACUGAAAAGAUUGGUAAAAAAUUUAUUGAGCCACCACCAUUUGAUCUUCCAAAAGCCUUUGGGGACAGUAACUGCUGUGCACCCCUGUUAUUUGUUCUCUCCCCUGGUGCUGAUCCCAUGGCUGCACUUCUCAAGUUUGCAGAUGAUCAGGUGAGCGACUCAGCACCAUUACAUUUUCUUCAUUGAUCCUGUGCAAUGUUUUGUUUCAGCUGGAUGGAUUCAGCACCAUUUUUCAAAAGUAUUGUGGAAUAUCCUCCCUAAUAUUAUUUAAUUUUAUAAAUUAAUUUGGUAACUCAAUUGAAUUUGUAAUAGUGUAUAGUAGUUUUUUAAAAUAAGUAAGGAUUCUUCAUUUAUCACUUAAAAUAAAUUAAGCUUAUUUAAGAAAAACUCAUUCAAAAAUUAUAAUAAUCUUUCAAACUCUAAAUAACAAAGAUUUAAAGAUGGCUCAGAUAAUUAUGAUAAGAAACUUCUGUCCUUAAGAAUUUGUCUAAUCUCAGCAUUUAACUGCCAAAUUAAUUUAAAUUUUUUUUUUUUUUUUUUUUCAGGGCUUUGGAGGGGGAAAGUUUGAUUCUUUUUCUCUGGGUCAAGGUCAAGGACCUAUAGCACUAAAAAUGAUUGAGAAAGGUGUCAAAGAAGGCACAUGGGUCAUGCUACAGAACUGUCACCUUGCCUCUUCCUGGAUGCCUACCCUAGAGAAGAUUUGUGAGGUAAAAAGUGUGUUUUUAGUAUCACUGUGUUGUAGUUAACCACAGCAUAACAAUCACAGUAUGGAGAACAUGAUGUGCUGUGAGAAUAUCACAGAAUUAAAUAUUUGUAGUGAGAAUAUUACAGUAUAAAAACUUUCUCAAACUCAGACCACCCAAGAAACAACUUAUAGACAUUUGGAAUGGCAGUUAGGAAACAAGGUUAUAUACAUUCCUACUUUUACAUGUCGUCUGUUCCUUAAUUUUUUUUGCCUUGUAAAAAAAGUGGCUCUCUGAAACAACCGAUUUCUUUCCACACAGGAAUUUAACCCUGAAGCUACACAUCCAGAUUUCCGCUUGUGGCUGACAUCCUAUCCCUCAGAUAACUUCCCCGUCUCCAUUUUACAAAAUGGAGUCAAAAUGACCAACGAACCACCAAGUGGACUUCGGUUCAACAUCAUCAAGUCAUAUAUGAGUGACCCGAUUUCAGACAUGGAGUUCUUUAAUGGGUGCAAACAGCCUGUGAGCCAAACCUAAAUUUAAUUUUUGUUGUAUGAAAUUUAUUUCAAAAUAAAGAAAAUUAGAUAUGGAAGGCUUAAUGAGAAUAUUUAAAAGAAAUGAUAUCAAGAUUAAGAUUGAGUUGUUCCUGAUGAGCUAUAGUUUGCGUUUUGAUAAUUAAUAGAGAUAACUCCUUAAUUAAAAAAAAAAAUUAUACACAUGAUAAUGGAAAAUUAUUUAGCAUCCACUUCUGUCUGUUGGCAAAUGUCUAAAAAUUCAAUAAUACUUAAUUAUCUUUAUUUAAGUCUAUCAAAUAUUAUUUCUAAAUCAAUUAAGAUGACUGCCAUUAAAAACUGAAUAUAUCAAGAAUUUAUGAUGAUAUUUAAAAAAAUAAUAUUGACUAUAACUUUAAAACAAGUCAAGAGUCCAAAUAUAUAUAUAUAUAAUUUGUAUUUUAUUUGAAUUUCUCCUGAAACUUAUUUUAACCUUGACCUUCAUGUUUAAUGUUCACAGGCGAGGUUUAAGAAGCUGCUGUAUGGUCUUUGCUUCUUCCAUGCACUUGUGCAAGAGAGGAGAAAAUUUGGUCCACUUGGCUGGAACAUUCCUUAUGAGUACAAUGAAACAGAUUUGCGUAUUAGUGUACAGCAGCUGCAGAUGUUUCUCAAUGAGUAUGAUGUAAGUAAAUCUGUUGAAAUAGCAGUUAUGCUAGUAAAUAAGUGGUUUGAGAAACAUGGAACUCAUUGUUACCCAACGAGAUGACUUUCAUAUUGAUGUUUGAAGCAACACUUUAAAGAGCAGUCUUAAAAACAAAAAAAGUAAUUCCACAUCAGUUGUGUGUGGCAGUAAAUUGAUAUAAAUCAUAAAAUGGUUCAAUUACACUAUAAUAUUAUCUAAAAUAUUUACAUUUUGUUAAGAUUAUUCAGUAAUUAACUUUUACAUAAACUUCAAUGUCAUCUAUUUAUUUUAAAAUUAAUUAUCUCAUUAUGAAGAUGAGGUCAGUACUUGUCUACUUGUGUGUGGAAACAAUAAUUUCAUGUUUCUUUUGCAUUAGGAACCUUCUUUGUUUUUCAAAUUUAAAAAAAUAUCCUCGCAAAUUUUAGUUGAAAAAAAAAACUUAAAUAACUUAAGUGAAAACACACCUUUUAAACAUGUGUAUUACAUGAACAUAUGAAUAAAUAAUGCAGGUCACCAAUAUUAUUAUCAAGUCCAGUGGAAAUCUAUGAUAGUUCACUAUAAUUUUUCUUAUGAUGUAGACAAAAUUUGUAUCACCUUUUUCCCCUAUACAGGAAGUCCAGUAUGAGGCUUUACGUUACUUGACAGGUGAGUGUAACUAUGGAGGUCGUGUCACAGAUGACUGGGACAGACGAACUCUCCUGACCAUUCUCAAUCAGUUUUACUGCCCAGACAUCAUUGAAAGAGACAAUUACUUCUUUGAUGACAGUGGAUUCUAUUACAGCCCCAAAGAUGGAGAUGUAAGUAUCUGUGUAAAUGGAGAUUUUUCAAUAAGAACAAAUUAUAUAUCCUGUCAACUUCACAUUCUUAUGAUACUAGUGUAUCAAUUUAUCUUGUGUUUACAUAAUUAACAACUACACAAUAUUUUUAAAAAUUAAUCAUUUGUAUAAUAGUAUCUGUAUAUAUAUUUUUUUUUUAAUAUUCAGGAUUAAGAUGCAUACAAAGAUAGGUAAAAUAUAGCCUACUUUUGAUCUUAAUAUUUUACAGCAUGAAAGUUACAUGGACUACACCCGCAAUCUCCCCCUGAAUCCAUCUCCUGAGAUAUUUGGCAUGCAUGCUAAUGCUGACAUUACAAAAGACCAGAAGGCAACACAACUCCUCUUUGAUAACAUUCUGCUAACACAGGUAAUUUGUCAAAGUUGAUCCUUCUCACAAAUAUCUGUUCUGACUGAGUGUUCAUAAAUUAAAUUUCCCUGAUCUUAGCUCCUUAUUUUAUACAGGUGUCAUUUUUGUUGGGCAAUGAGUUUACAGCGAAUAUUACUUCUUUAAUAUGUACUUAUUAAUUGUUGUUCUAUGGCUUUGAUAACUUUAACAAUAAAAAAACCUUGGAACAAGAAUUUAUUUGAAGGAAAUAAAUCUAAAAUAAGUUACAGUGCCAGCUCCAACAAUGAUUUCAUUCCUAUGUUAAAUCCUUCUUAUUUCUGUAUCCUGUGAAAAACUACAAAGUUUGGCCAAUGCUAAUGCCACCUCUGCUCCAUGAUACAACAAUCUCCUUCAUCCUAAUCAUUUUAGUUGAAGUGAUGGACAUUUAAAUAUUACUUAGGUCAAGGUUCUUAGUUUGUAGUGACUGAUUUUUAUUUUCACUGAAUGUUUGUGUUAUAUUAUAAUGACCCCAUUACUGGGCAGUUUGCAGUGUGUGUGUUUUUGUUACUGACUUUAGGAUCACUGAAGAGAUUUUAUUUACUUUGAGCACAAUUAAAAGUUUUUAGAGGAACAAUGUCAAAGAUUAGUUAAAUCUAUUAUUGAUUUUCAACUGGCCAUAAAAUGGUAAACAAACUGCAGCCCAACAAAUAUUACAUUGUUAUGUUGCAGUUUUAUCAUUUUUUAUCCUCUGAUAAAACUUCUUUGACCUUGUUUUAGAAUACACAUAUUAUUAUAGCUUGUGCUUAUAUUUUUGUAGAAUAAAUAGAUAUUAGGAAAAGGGGUAUUACAAAACCAUUGCAACUUGACAGAAGAUAAUAUUAUAAUCUUGUGCUUGUGCUCUGCCAUCCCACUGAAGAGUGGAUGGGUGGACUAGUUUAUUGCUUUUUUAGGGGUGAUAGUGAUAGCUUUAAACUCAUCCUUGAUGAGCUAAAAAAAAAAAAAGCAGACUAAUGACUCUCAUUAUAUACCAUUAUACACAAAAUCCUUCAAUGUAUGUUUGAUGGAUUUAUAUUUUUAAGGUCAUUGGAACUUUAUGAAGAUCUCCCUUUUUAAGUAAAAAUGGAGAUUUUCAAAUCAUCAAAUAAUGAUUAUGAAAAAAACACAAGAUAACUUAAGGCACUUUUUAUUACAACACAGCUUUUUAAAGUUAAACUUAAACAUUUAAAAAUAAGUGAGGAGUUUAUAUUGGAAUUCCUUCUGGCUGUUAGGAGAAUUUUUUUAGAUUAAUCUCAAGUGUUGCUGUAUCACCAUCAAAUUUUAUAAUACUUACAACUAGGAGAGUUCAUUGUGUACUAGUAAGUAGUUCAUUUUGUAUCAGCUGCUUAAUUCAAGUGUAUUUAAAAUUAUUCAAAAACAUCACAACUGUUCUAAACUCAAUGAGGGUGGCUGUCAUGAUGUCCUUAUCAAAGAACUCGGCUUAAACAGAUUUGAAUUAAAUUGAUAGCAAAAGGAAUUUUGAAUAAAGAUGGUCAGAAAAGAAUUGUAUUCCAAUAGUAAUAGUACUGUGUAAUAAUAGUAAUAGUCAUAGAAAACUAAAUGGAGUUUUUAAACAUCUGUAGAUUCCAAUUUUUUUUCGUAACGAGAUGUUUUUUUAUUCUUAAUGUGUGACAUAAACAACACACUUGUCUUCAUUUUGUUAUGUUAUGUCAUUAUCCCUGAUGUCUUCUAUUGGCACCUUGGUUGACCUCUGACCUUUAGAAACGGGUAAGACUUAUGUUCAUUUCUUUUUCUCCAGCAUACAAUUUUCUUGUCAUCUGAGCUCUGCACAUUGUUGCAAUUUAAACAUAUUUUACAAAACAAAAUGAAACUUUUAUAUCAAUAUUGUUAAAAAUUUCAUUUUAAGCAUAAUUAUUUCCAUUUUGUUGUCUUUUUUUUUGUUAAAUAUAAAAUAUGAACAACUUUUGAUGACAAGAAAUGUUUAAAUUUCUCAUUCCUUAAUCACAUAUGUAGAGUUGUAACUUUUUUUUUUAAACUAGAUUUAUUAUUUUUUCUGUUUAGAUUAUUUGCAUUAUUUAUGUACAAUGUAAAAUAUAUUUUUAAAAAGUACUUAAACUAAUUAAAAUAUUUCUUUAUUACUUUUGUGGCAGUCUAUUUAUAGUAUAAUUAUAUUUAAUAAUCUAAUAUGAUAUCUCUCAAUCAUGACGCAUCCUUUUUGUCUUUUGUCAAUGAUACAUCAAAACAUAUUAAUAGGCAGAGUUGACUUGAUCAUAACAAUGUUUUACAUAUCAAGUGUCAUUUGAUAUAGCUUAGCAUAUAUGGCUAUAGCAUGAACAGAAUUAGUUCUAUAUUUAUAAAUUCCCACUUUAGUGAAACUCAAAUCAUAAAUAAAAAUGAAGUAUAUAUUUUUGUUUCCUUGGGUAUGGUAAAACUAACCAUAAAAAUAAAUCAAAAAGACAAAACACAUUUAUUACAAGAAUAAAAUGCAUAUGAUACAGUGCUAAAAAAAAAUAAUUAGAAUUUUAAUAUUCAUAUUGCCCCAUAAUGAAUAGGUUUAUUACUAUGGUAUACAUGUCUAUUCAUUAAUACUCUGUUUAUUUUGCUUUAAUAAAUAUGUAUCAACUAACAAACAAGUACCGGUAUAUUAAUUUCUUUUAUUAACAAGCCUACCGUUUCUUUCUUAAAUAUCCUAAUUAAUUUAAAUAUUGUCCUAUUUUUUUAAAUAUAAUAUUGAAACCUUUCUGUAUCAUUCCUUUUAUCUCUCACUGAUUAUUAGAAGUCUUUUAAAUAAAAACCUUCAUUGGUAAAUCAUGUCAUGACUUUAGUUUAGGUAAACCAAACAUUUUAAAAAAAUCACUCCAGCAUAACUUUAUAGAUUUAGCCUACAUUUAAACUGAGAACCAUCUUAUUACAAAGAUAAAUCCUGUUAAAAUAUUUUAUCUUUUAGAAUAGGUCAAAUUUUAAAUUUUGUAUGAGUCUGAAAAAUCUAGCUAUGCCAUCCUAAUGUUUCAACACUGUUUUUUUUUACAAAUUUGCCUACAUUACUAUAUAUUUAGUGUCAUUGCUAUUAUAUUUAUAACUAUUUUUAGUUAAUGUCAUCCAAUUUAAAGGGAUUUAUAACUAAUUUGCCAAAGCUGAACUAGUGACACAGUGUGUUUAAGUUCUUGCUUAUGUAGUGUUAUGUAGACCUUGUACAACAAAAGUUGUAGGUUUCACUAUCACCAUCAUUUUUACCCUUUACUUCAACUUUAACUUCAUAAGGCAAAAGCAUCCAGUAAAGGAGGUCGAUCCACUGAUGACAUUGUGGAUGAUGUAGCAGCAGAUAUCCUGAGUAAACUUCCACCUAACUUUGACACAGAUGCCGCACUGAGGAAGUACCCAACAUCUUACAGGUUUGGUCUACCGCAAACUCUUCAUUUUCUUAAACAGCUGAAAACAAAUUCAACAAUUAUGCCAGUUUGAAAAUUCAGAUUUUAUUAUGAAAUACUAUUUUAAUUAUUGUUCAAGUUUAUGAGUUUGUAGACUAUAGUAAUUGUGGAAAUGCAGCAGGCAUUAUCUUUCUUAUAGGUAUAAUUAUUAUCAUUGUUCUCUAUGAAAAAAAAAAUGAAAUAUUAAAUUGCAAAAGCUGUUUUAAAAAAAAUUCACUAUGGACAUUUUUUUUUCUGUGAUUCUAACUAUAUCAAUUGUAGACAGGGUAUGCCCACACAGCUUUAACUUUAUGACACAUUAAAUGUGUAUUUACCAUUUUUUACAUUGAAAAGAAAAAAAAAGUAUAUAUAUUUAAUAAUAUUAUAUUAUUUACAACUCUGUUCUUCAGUCAAAGCAUGAACACUGUUUUAGUGCAGGAGAUGGUCAGAUUUAACAGGCUUUUAAGUACAGUGAGGACCAGUUUAGCCAAUAUCAAGAAGGCCAUAAAGGUAUUUUUUAGCAUUAAUUGGCUAGAGAAAAAAUUCUUUGAAUAUCAGCUCAAGCCUGUCCCUCUUACCUGAUGGUGCAAUUAUAUUACUGUUAUUUUAUUAGAAUAUUAAUAGAACAUAUUUUAAUGAGCUGAAAGUGGCUGCAUGAACCAACUCACUUUCAAGAUGCAAAGAAAAACAUUUUUGUAAAGAGAAUAUUUUUAAUGUUAUUACGGUACUAUUAUAGCCACUUGCCUAUGCAAAUGAAUUAUAAAUAUACAUUAAUUAUUAAAAUUACAUGUCAUAUCAAUGCUUUUUAAAAUAACAGCCAUUUUCAUGAAAGAAUACUAAAUAAAAAUUUUAAACAAUGAUAAAUGGUUUAUUUGAAUUGAAGUAUUUUAGUUAAAGAAAUAUGGAAGUACUUUAACCAAGUCUUUUUUUUAACAUCUUUUUUUUGUAUCCAAGGGUCUUGUAGUGAUGUCUGCUGACCUUGAAGAAGUUGUCCUCAGCAUACUGAAAGGUAAAAUUCCUGGAAUGUGGAUGAAGAAGUCCUAUCCUUCACUCAAACCUCUGGGCAGUUAUGUCAAUGACUUUAUUACCAGACUCAAAUUUCUCCAAGAAUGGUACGACAAUGGGCCGCCUCCAGUUUUUUGGAUUUCCGGAUUUUUCUUCACACAGGCUUUCCUUACAGGAGCACAACAAAAUUAUGCCAGAAAGUAGGUUUUUAUUUGAUUUUUUAUUAUCUAGGUCAGCAUCUCUCAAACUUUCCUAAAUUAGAUAAACAGAGGAAAGAUUGGUGGAGAGUGGAAAUUUUAGAUGUACCAUAUGCAAAACCAACUGCAGCUAUUCCAUUAUUUGUGAUUUCAUUUAGCAUAUAAAUGUAUCUGGUUGAAAUACUUUGUUUUUGCCAAGCUGAUGUCUGAUAAGCUAUGUUGUAUUAUUAUAUUAUACACAUAAAGCUGAUCUAAAGAAGAUCCUACAGGCCCUUACAGAAGCUCAUCUAAAGCUGAUCCUAUAUUUAUUUAUUUAGGCAUUUUUGUAUAGCGCUUACCAUAAAGCUCUAAGCGCUUUACAAAAAUAAGACACUAGGAUAGUAGCUACUAUACUAUAGAAACAAUGAAAAUGGCUAUAAAACGAGGACACUUUGACACUUCAGGAUCAACCCGAAACAGAAAAUGAGGUAGGGCAAGGAGGGUGCAUCAGAGGUCAUAGGCGGACCUAAACAGAUGAGUUUUAAGGGACUUUUUGAAAAUGGACGAGGUUUCACAAUGACGGAUAUGGAAGGGGAGCUGGUUCUAGAACGUGGGCCCAUGGAAGCAGAAGGAGCGUUCUAAAGCUGAUCUAAAGAUGAUCCUUUAUGCAUUUAUAGAAGCUGAUCUAAAGCUGAUCCUAUAUGCACUUAUAGAAGCUGAUCUAAAGCUGAUCAUAUAUGCACCUAUAGAAGAUAAUCUAAAGCUGAUCCUAAAUGCACUUAGACUUAAAACAAUGAAAUAUUUUAAUGAUAAAAAGUAAAAUUAUUGAAUUUUUUAUCAUAAAUUCUAAUCAGUUUAUGAAGAUUAAGAAAGUUUAAAGUGAAUUCCAGGUUCACAAUCCCGAUUGACUUGUUGGGUUACGACUAUGACGUCCUGGAGGAUAAAGAUUACGACACUCCUCCAGAAGAUGGUAUGUGUUGUCAAUGGUUUUGAUUUGUUUCAGUUUUAGUGAGAAGGGAAUCGUGAGUUAAAAAUAACAACAACUCUGAUUUAACCAUUCUAAUUAAACUGACAUUAGGGUUUGUCCACAAAGGACGUCCACAGAGACAGGGAGGAUGGGAGGGUUCAAUCAAACAUGGAUAAAUGUGGAUAAGGAGGGAGGCGUUAAGGGGUCUUGCAGACAUUAGCAAGGAACUUUUUUAUUUGGCAUACGCUGCUUUAGGCCCACUGUGUGAUCUAUUUGCCAAAUUUUGAAAAAAAGUUUGAUCAAUAACCUCUAAAAAUUUAAUAAAAUUUCAUUAGGAACAUCACUUUAAAUGUUUGUUUGAUAUUUAUAAGCAAAUGCCAAUUUUUUUUCUCUUGUUGAGAUUUAUCAAAUUAUUUAUAUUAUUAAGACACAAAAGUGUAUUUGUCCUUUUGGGCAGCCCCCCCCCCCUAUGUGUAUCUACAAUAAGCUCUCAGGCCCCCCCCCCCUUAUGUGUAUCUACAAUAAGCUCUCUGCCCUCCUCCUCCUCCCCCCACCCAAAAAAAUAUUGAUAAAUCAUUAUGAAAUAUUAAAUGACGAUAUGUCUACGAAUUCCAGUGUUUCCUAAAUUGUAGCAUACCCUCCUCAGGGAGGCAUUUUGUAAAAAUUAUUUUAGGUGAUCAGUUUGGGCGUGAGUUAAAAUUAAAAGCUUGAGAAGCAUGGCUGUUGGCAUGUUAAUAUUUUAGCAUGUCAAAAUUUUGUCACGGGUCACCCCAAUUUUUUUUACACCAGUGCAGCUGUUUGGUUCAGCCCCAACAAAAAAAGAUGUCAAAAAUUAUUUCAUGCAAAGCAACAUGAUGAGGAUAAAAAGAACAAAAGAUUUCUUUUGAGACUUAAAAAAAUAAUUAAAUAUCAUGAUUUCCCAGAUUUUUAGGAGACUGUUGGCUUUAUUAGAAAUAUUAGAGAGCGUCUGAAUUUCAGAAUAAUUAUUAAAUGUAUGUACCUUUUGCAGCCCCACCUUUUGCACUAAUAUGUAUCAUCUCCACAAUCAACAAACCCCCUCCUCCCCUGCAGUACAUACUUAAUCAAUGGAUGGACCCAUAUCAUACUGAUUUAGGUUUCAAUCUAGUGACUCUAUGCUCUUUAUAAUUAAUUGUUAUUAUGCUUCCUGGCAUUUUGCACUAUAAAUUUAUUACCUUAUGUGCUUGUGGAUGUCCACAAACCUGGGAUGGGGAGAAGGUAAGCCAUGUGUGGACAAAGGGGGAAGGGGGUGUCUGACAAAAAUGCAUAUUUUAUGCAGAUGUUCUUUAUGGACAAUGCAAAUUGGAUAGUGAACAGGUUGGGUUUUUUUUAAUUAACAGAAACAUUAUUGAAGUGCUUCUAAAAUAUAAUUAUAUUAAUUUCCAAAAAGUGUGAACCAUUUCCAAUGGGUCUGGGAUGAGAAGACAUGAUGUCCUACCAGAUUUUUUAAAGUCAUGAAUAAUAAUUAAUUAAAUUUUGAAAUCAUACACUGGAGAACUGGCAUUGUAAAAAGCAUAUCAAAUGUUACAGUUGGAUUCGCAUAAAGAGCAUUUAGGUAUCAAUUAAUGGACGACAUGACAUUGCCACCAGUGAUGGUAAUUUAAAUGACAUUUGUUUACUUGAAUCCUGCCAGGUGUUUUUGUUAAAGGUCUGUAUGUAGAUGGAGCCAGGUGGGACCGGAAGAUCAAGAAACUGAACGAGUCCAUUCCAAAACAACUUUUUGAUACCAUGCCAACUGUAAGAUGUCCUGUAUAUUCAUUAUUCAUGAUUCAAUAUACACAUUGGUUCAUGCAAUUCUUUUCCUAAUUUUGAAAUUUUUAUAUUGAUAUUCUUAUGCCUAGUAAUAGAUUAAAAGAUUUUUUUUUAACUGAGGGAGGACUCAGGAAUUUUUUUUAAAGAUUUGUUUUCCAAAUUAAUGUCUCAGUUGUUAUUUUCAUUAAAUAGGAAUAUAUAACAGAUUAUAAACAUAACUGAAGUUAUUGCAUCAUAGAAUUUUUAGGGAUCUUUAAUUUUUAGCAUUGAACUGAGCUUUAGAACUACUUCUCAAUUUUUCAUGCAAAGGCCUUAGUUUUUUAAUUGAGAUUUUUAUCUGUCCCUGCAGAUGUGGCUUAAACCCUGCAAGCGUUCAGAAAUUCCAGAUACACAUGCCUAUAGGUGUCCUGUGUACAAGACCAGUGAAAGAAGAGGAACACUGUCAACUACAGGUCACUCAACCAACUUUGUCAUUGGCAUGAUGAUACCCUCUGAUAAACCACAGCAGCACUGGGUCAGGCGUGGUGUAGCUCUACUGUGUCAGUUAGAUGAUUAAUUGCAUGACUUCCGUAAUGGCCGAAUUUAUGUUACUUCAAGCUUGCAUGCAUUCUUUUUGUUGAAUAUACAGAAGUAAACAAAUAAUGUAGAACAAGUGUUAGUAUCACCAGGAAAUGUUGAAUCACAUAUGAGUAGCAUUAUCUGUAUACAAUCAAAGUCAUGUGUUAUAAAUGUUAAUGGGAAAUUUGAUUUUAAAAAAGUCAUUUAUGUAUUUCAUUUUUGUUAAAGGUCUAAAAAUUUAAGGAAAAUUUAGCUAUUUCUCUAUGAGAGAAUUUUUAUAAAUUAAAGAAACAUCCACUUAGAAAUGUUAUUAUCUAAUGAAGCUAAUAAAGAGGAAAAAUGGUCCUCUAAUGUAAUUUUAAAUAAUAUAUUUGAAUUUUAUUUACACGUAACAGAUUAUGUGAUUAAGUUUGAUUUUAUGAUAAAAUGAUAUUAUUACACGUUUCACAUUUAUAGUAUAGUAGCAGAAUUUAUGCCAUUAUUGUUUUGCAUGUUUGUGUGAACUGUUAACCAAUAUCUGUGAUAUUUUUUUUUAACUUAGAGAAAGUAUUUUUAAUGUUAAACAUUGUUCUAACAUUUACAUCAUUGAUUGGGUGGUACAUGGGUCCCACCAUUGCAGUGGACAUCACAACUUUAGUAUUAAUUUUUUACUUGUUUUUAUUGACGUUGGAUUAUCCUUUUUAAUGUAUUUAGUUCAUUUUUAGAAUUCAUGCUCUAACAUCAAAAAAUAUUUUUUUAAAUUCUAUUUUUCAUGGUCAGAUUGCAUUAUAAUUUAAUAUGAAAAAUGAAAUAAUUAAUAUGCAUGAUUAAAAAUAAUAUUUAAAGAAUUGAAGAGAAAAAAAAAAGUAAAGUUCUACUUCUUAAAUAUUUAAAAAAAAAACAACUAUGCAGUGAAUGGCUUAUAGGGUGUGGGUUUUAGUUAAGUGUAUAUGAGCUGUAAACAUAUUAAAUUUGAUGAAACUUUUAUAAUGAAAAAACACUAUACUUAAAAGUAUUAAGUUUAUUAACUAUUCAUUCAAUGACUAAAAUGUAUUAAUUCAGAAGUACCAGGUAUUCUUUUUUUAUGUAUCAUUCUCAACUGUAUAUUUUGUAUAUGAUAUUUGGUCUGCUCUACAAAAGUCACAUAGAAGUACAGAUUCCUUUUUAAUUGCUUUUGUCUGCAAUGCCAAUGUAUUUGAUAGUUGGGGUUAAAGGAAAGGCUUCUUUCCAACAAUUAAAUCUUAGAGAUGGCAUGCGAAAAACUAAACAUCUUGGGGACUUGGCUAAAUUUGAUAAAAGUAAAUUUUUUGCACAUAAUCUUGUACAACUAUAAUUAAUAUUUUGUGGUGCAUAAUGACAGAUUUAAGACAAUUAUUAAACAUAAUGCUAGAUGUGUCUUGACUUGUAUUAAAAGGAAAACAUACCCAAUAAUUUCAUUCUUGUUAAUGUAAACUCAUCAGUAUAUUUAAGAAAUAAGUUGAAAACUCACAAUGUUUUAAGCAUUUAAGACUUUCAUAUUUAAAUUAAAUAGAAAUUUGUAACUUUUAGUAACAACUUUUUUGUUUAGAUUCUGUAACUAUUCCUAUAAUUCUAUAAUUAGGUUUUUAUUUAUUGACUUUUAAGUCUUCUGCUAAAAUGAAAUAUUUUUUCUGUACCUUGUGAUGUGUUUCUUUUAAAUUGUCUUAACUUUUAUAUAUUUUUAUGUACAUUCACUAUUCACAAUAAAUGCAAUUUUUA